AUGGAGCUAUCGAUACAUUGGAUGUUGGUCUAUGUCAUAUUCAGUGUGCCGCUUGUUGGAUGUUUGGAAAUACACCUUUCGGAGGUUUUACAGCCCGGGACGCUCUUGGCAAACUUGUCACUCGGCCCUGGAUGGACUUAUAAAAUUGACAGAACUUUAUCAUCAAAGUUCAUCCCGAGUUUUCUCGAAGUUACGAGACACGAUGGGGUCAUCCGUCUCUCCCACAGAGCUCAGUGUGCGCACACACCGAGGAACCCAGCUGCUGUGUAUUUCAGGACGGGUUCCCCAACAUCGAGAGACGUUAUUCUGACACAUUUUAACGUGUUUGUGCACGGCCAGGACUGUUUUAUUAAAUACAAGAGAAAGAAAGCGCCAGGUAAGCCAGAUAUUCAAAUUAAACACCUUUCGAAACUUAAGGCAACUUCCUGCUCCCCCGCAGGUAAACUGCUCCUGAAUGUAACAGAACUUUUGCCUGUCUUUACGCGGAACGCCGCCUUUUCGGACAGUAUUUGUGUGGGGAACGACUUGAGCGCAGUAUUCAGACACGGGGCACUGUUUCUGGCGAGCGACUUGUGUCUGGAGAAGACAGGACAGUCCGAGGUGAAUUUGCACUGUGCGUUUCAGAGCUCUUCAGGCAGCAGGCUCUCUGUGCAGCUGGAUUUGACGCUUGUUAAAGCGCCCAAGAUACACGGAUCCCACACAGAAAACGCCCAGAGAAAGUCUGGCAAACUGAGCCGCAGGCCAAAGCGGCAAGUAAACGCGUCUCCCCAGUUUCAGCUCCCAAACUAUCAGGUGUCUGUUCCCGAGAAUGAGCCUGCGGGCACACAGGUCAUCACUUUGAAGGCCACUGACCCGGAUGAUGGAGAAGCAGGGAGACUGGAGUACAGCAUGGAAGCCUUAUUUGAUAGCAGAUCCAAUGACUUUUUCAAUAUUGACGCCCAGUCAGGGAGCAUAACAACAGUCAGACCACUAGACAGAGAAGUCAAGGACACUCAUGUCUUCAAAGUAAGUGUAACAGACAAUGGCUCUCCUAAAAGAUCUGCUACUUCUUACCUCACAGUCACUGUGAGUGACACCAAUGACCACAGCCCUGUGUUUGAGCAAACUGAUUACCGUGUGAGCAUCCGGGAGAAUGUUGAAGUAGGGUUUGAGGUGAUGACAAUCCGGGCCACAGAUGGGGAUGCUCCCUCCAACGCUAACAUGAUUUACAAAAUCGUUAACGGCGAUGGAGUCAACUCUGUGUUUGAAAUUGAUUCCCGCAAUGGCCUGGUGAAAAUCAGAGAGAAACCUGACAGGGAGACCCGGGCUAAAUAUCAGCUUAUUGUCGAGGCCAAUGACCAAGGCAAAGAACCAGGUCCCCGUAGUGCCACUGCCACCGUCCAUAUCUCUGUGGAGGAUGAGAACGACAACUACCCUCAGUUCAGUGAAAAGAGGUAUACAGUACAGGUUAAAGAGAAUGUUGCCAUUAACACUAAAGUCAUUCAGGUGGAGGCGACGGAUAAAGACCAGGGGACGAAUGCUAAAGUUCAUUACAGCAUCAUCAGCGGUAACGUUAAAGGACAGUUUUAUAUCCACUCCCCCACCGGCGUGAUCGACGUCAUCAACCCUUUGGACUACGAGAUGAUCCGAGAGUAUAACUUGAGAAUUAAGGCCCAGGAUGGUGGAAGGCCACCUUUAAUAAACAGCACAGGGAUGGUGGUGGUGCAAGUGAUAGAUGUAAAUGACAACGCCCCCAUGUUUGUCAGCACGCCAUUUCAGGCCACUGUACUGGAGAAUGUCGCAGUCGGUUAUUCUGUUAUCCACAUUCAAGCAAUAGAUGGUGAUUCAGGAGAAAACGCCCGUUUGGAGUACCAAUUAACCGACACUGCACCUGGUUUUCCAUUCACCAUCAACAACAGCACAGGCUGGAUUACAGUUAGCGAGGAGCUCGACAGGGAGACGACUGAGUUCUACACGUUUGGCGUGGAGGCGAGAGAUCACGGGAUACCUGUGAUGUCCUCCUCAGCCAGCGUCAGCAUCACGGUGCUCGAUGUGAACGAUAAUGUGCCCACGUUUACGGAGAAGACCUACUCGCUGAAGAUCAAUGAAGACGCAGUGGUGGGAUCCAGCGUCCUGACAGUGACAGCCGUGGACAGGGACGUCAACAGUGUGGUCACCUAUCAGAUCUCCAGCGGCAACACGAGGAACCGCUUCGCCAUCACUAGUCAGAGCGGAGGAGGUCUCAUCACUUUAGCGCUUCCCUUGGACUAUAAGCAAGAACGCCAGUAUGUGCUGACAGUCACCGCGAGCGAUGGAACGCGCUACGACACCGCUCAGGUGUUCAUCAACGUGACGGAUGCCAACACACACCGGCCUGUUUUCCAAAGUGCCAACUACCAGGUCAUGCUCAGUGAAGAUAAACCAGUCGGCUCCACAGUCGUGGUCAUCAGUGCGACCGAUGAAGACACGGGGGAAAAUGCCCGCAUUACCUACGUGAUGGAGGAUAAUGUCCCCCAGUUUAAAAUCGACCCAGAUACAGGUGCCAUCACAACACAAAUGGAGAUCGAUUAUGAAGACCAGGCCUCUUAUACGUUAGCCAUCAUCGCCAGGGACAACGGCAUUCCUCAGAAAUCUGAUACCACUUACGUUGAGAUUAUCAUACUGGAUGCAAACGAUAACACUCCUCAGUUUCUUCGGGACAUGUACCAAGGGUCUGUAUUUGAAGAUGCACCUGUCUACACCAGCGUUCUUCAGAUCUCUGCCUCUGAUAGAGACUCUGGCUCAAAUGGAAGGGUGAGCUACACGUUUCAGGGCGGGGAUGACGGAGAUGGAGACUUUUAUAUCGAGCCUUACUCUGGUAUCAUCAGAACGAACCGCAAACUGGACCGGGAGAACGUUCCCAUUUACAACCUGAAGGCUUACGCAGUAGAUAGAGGGGUCCCGCCUCUGAAAGCAGCCGUUCCCAUCCAUGUGGUUGUCCAGGACAUAAACGAUAAUGCACCUGUGUUUGAGAAGGAUGAGCUGUUCAUUGACGUUGAGGAGAACAGCCAAGUGGGGUCCGUCGUUGCCCGUAUCACUGCGAUGGACCCCGAUGAGGGCACCAACGCUCAGAUCAUGUACCAGAUCGUGGAAGGGAACGUCCCAGAAGUUUUCCAGCUAGAUAUUUUCAACGGAGACCUCAUUGCACUCUCUGAUCUGGAUUAUGAAGUUAAAACGGAGUAUGUCAUGGUGGUUCAGGCCACUUCAGCGCCUCUAGUGAGUCGGGCCACGGUGCACAUCCGCCUCGUAGACAUUAAUGACAACAGCCCGGUGCUGCAAAACUUUGAGAUCAUUUUCAACAACUAUGUCACGAAUAAGUCCAACAGUUUCCCAUCAGGAAUAAUAGGAAAGGUACCGGCUCAUGACCCAGAUGUGUCGGAUAAGCUGCAGUACAAGUUUGAAUCUGGGAAUGAGCUGAGUUUGCUGGUGUUGAAUGAAGACACUGGGGAUUUGAGGCUGAGCAGGGACCUCGACAACGACCGGCCUCUGGAAGCACCAAUGACCAUCUCUGUCUCAGGUAAGUGAGUUACGUACAUUUUUGGUAGAAACAGAUUUCAGAGUGACAUGAAGUGUGUUUGUAUCAUGACUCUGUACUUUCACAGAAUUAGGUGUUUAAUAGAGGCAGAGGACAGGUUUCUGCAGCGGUGUUUACUAAAUGUUUACAGUGUUCGCUGCAGGCUCUUUGCAGGAUCCAGUUGAGCUGCUUUUAACUGAUGACUCUGUGGUGUGCAUGUCAAGUGGUUGGUUUGGUGUCACUGGCAGGUUACCUUCAUUUUUACAGACGCAAGACUUUAUAUCACAAUCAGAACAAAAACACAUUAUUAAGCUUAAAAAUGUGUUUUCUGUGAAAGAAUGAGAUUAUUGUAACUCCAAUUUUGAUCUCAAGGCUUCUUGGUUUGCUCAUGAGGUCAUGCAGAAAGAAUUUGUGAAAAAAUUACUUAUUUUCUUUCUGCUACAAAAGCAGACUUUGUUCUUUUCAAGUUAAAGAUUAGAUGAAUGCAAACACUUGAUCAUUCACACCUAAUCCUGCAAGGUAAGAGCCUCCCUCCCUCCCCCGAACACACACACACAUAGAAAACACACUUUGCAAGAAAGACCAAUGACAUUAAUCAGGUAAUCUGACAGGUUAGAUAAAUCUGACAAACCUGACAGGAUAACUACCCUGUCGCCUGCUGACAGCUGGUUGCUCAACCUUCUUUCUUUGUGACUCUUUUCUUGCUCUCUCUCUCCCUCUCACUGUCAGUUAAAGACCGACAUCAUCAGCCCCAUAAUGGGCAAACAGCCCAACAAAGAUAAAUCUCUUCAGCUUCUCUAAAGCUAAAGUAUGCCAGGGUAUCACACACUAAAGAAAUAUGAACGAGCUGCCAUGAACCAGGCUGUGCAGGGAAAUCCCACAUCCAUACAGCGCACAUUAGUCUCAUCAUGUUUGUGGUGAUCUUCGCUCAGGCGUCAGCAAACAGGGAUGCUCAUGAUUGCUUGCACUUUGAGAAGUAGUUCUUGGAAAUAGCUGCUGAGUGACUGUUGGCGUUUCCACGUCGACCCUUUUUACACCAGUCCAUCCUGAGAAAAAUGCAGACUGACCCUUUUUGAGCCUGAGUGCCUCAUCAAUGUUAAGACCUGCAGAGGGCAUGAAAGGAGGCAGCUAUUGACAGCUAUUGACAGACUUUAUCACCACUAUGUUCAUGUUUGUCGGUAAUAAAUUAGCCUGACAGCAGUGACCUUAUGAUGGUCCCACAGGGAGCCGGACAUGUGGUGAAGACAAAAAAAACGCACACUGGUACAUAAUUGGAAAGACGCACACACUCCAAACCUCCCUCAGUUAGUUACAUUUAGUUAAUCGUUACCAAUGAUGUCUGACCUUUCCACUCUAUGUUAUGAGCGAGGGAGACCUGAGGGCAUCAGGGACCCAGCAGCCCCUUCACAAAGAAAAAGGAGACUGAUUUUAUCUCCCUCUCCGUCUUCACUACGACUCCACCAGGACUUAGUUUUACUGCAAGGUCAUUAUUUUGACCUUUUCACCGUCUGAGAGAUCUGACCUGAGUAGAAACGGGUCCAGAUUAUACCUGGGUGAGGGUUUAGUUAUUCUUCCACUGAUCUCUGGUAUGUGCCACAUGCUGCUUUUGACAGUAGCUUGUUUAUUUGCAACACAUGACCCUGCUUCUCUUCUCACUCAGGUUGACUGUCUCUUAGAUCUGUGUGGACUGAUUCGAGCUAAUGAGGCUAAAGACUCUGAGCUCUAAACACUGGAUUUAUUAGGUUAGGCUCUGUGGUGGACAAAGAACCUGGUCUAGACCUGCUCUUUUUGGGAAGUUAGAGGUGUUAAGGAUAAAUCAAUUAUAGGGUAACGAGUCAGGAAUGAAGUAAGAGCACGGAUGCUUUAUCUGUGGGAAAGUUCUUCCAAGCACUUUGGUGAAUACCCUGAUAAGUUUCCGAAAAUACACCCUGCUAGUCACAACUUUGUUGACUUUGUCCUUGUUCUGUUGAACCCGCAUUGUGAUUGUGGUUACAGAGGCGUCGGGGGGAUAAGACAGCAUCUAAGUCUAAGGAGCUGGGGAGGCAUGUGCGCAUGUCUGAGUGUGCGAGUAAUGUGAAGCGUCUUCAGAUCCAUAAUGCAUCAUAAAACCCCACACUGGGAUACCGGUAUUAUGUCAAGAAUGUUACAGGAUCAGUGUAGAACGACGGCGGAGCUUUCCCUGUGGUGAAGGAGGAAUAAGUAACGACAUAUAAAUGACUUUCAAUCAGAUAGUUGCUCGCCAGAUCUGACAGCCACAGGCAUGACUUGUUUUAAGGCAAUUUUGCUCCAAAUUUAACUCCAAGGAACUCGUCUGGUCUAUUGCAGUUGGCCGUCACAUGCCGACACUGUGAUUUGGAGGUGGAAAGUGUUCGUAUGUUACAUGUGACACCUGAAAGUUAGCCUCAUUAAGGGAAGAAAACAAGCCUGUUGAUGAAGGCUCCCAGCUGCUUUGCUUAUCGACACAGACUCGAACUGUAAUUCGCUCUGGGAGAAGUUGGGGCGUGCACUAACUGGCUCUAACUGCAGUUGUGUUAUAUCACUAAGUAAUGUAAGAGAGAUUGUUAUUUAAAUGAUUAGAAGUGAUUGAUGAUAAGCAGUCUUUUUUCACCCUGGCUGUGAUCUUUUCUCCCCACUCUUAGUGUCUGUGACGACGUGCUGCUACAUGCAUCCUCUCACACACCCACCUCCCCUCUCUCUACCCUCGUUUCUGCCCUCCCCCCUCUUUUUCCCCCAUGGGGCUUUUUCUGUACUUCCAUACCUUAAGUUAGGCUAUUAAUCCAGUUUGAGGAGCCGCAUAGCUCAGCUUUUUCAGAUUUUUGCUCUUGUCGCCCCCCCCCCCCUCCCCGAGCAUUCCGACACACACUUGCUCGGCCCUAAGUCCUCGCCGUCUUAAUAAACAUAACUAGAUUUGCACUGUGACACAAGAGCUUUGUGCUUUUUUUAACAUCCAGAUUGAGAUGAAGUGGACUUGUCGAACUUUCCCAGACAACCGGUUUAUAAAGCAGACAUGAAAAACACGGCUUCACUUUCAAGGGGGAGGAAUUAUGUUAAUGUUGAUGAAUGAUCAGACUUCUGUCUUGCACAGUAAAUUACUCGCCUCACGCUUGGUUCAAGUCAUUUCUUGGUCUUUGAAUGUUGUGUCAGAUCCUGUUGAGAACCCGUAAAUGUGUAUUGAGAAAGGCCACAACUACCUGUGUGAGUAAGUGGGCAAAUAUCUACCUGACGGGCCUCUUGUCUCACAUUUCCCGGUAUUUGAUGUAACUGUCGUGUUGAAUGUUGUAAUGAGGGCGAUGGGUUUCCCGACCUGAGUGCAGGUGUUGCAAAGACGUGGGUGAUAUACGACCUCUAACCUGGGAGAUCAAAGAAGAAGUGAGAAAUGACCUUGUACUUCUUUGUACUACAACCCAUGACUGAUCACCUCCAAACAUGAUGAAUGAUAGAGCCGGGGAUGGAAGUCAUGGGAGUCGAAUUUGGUGCGUGGAUGUGCAAAACAAAAAUGAAAUAAUCACAUCUUGUUUUCGUCUCUUUAAGGCCCUGUAAGGUAACCCUGGACAUUACUCAGGAACUAGACACAGUCAGUUGAGAGAUAAAACCCCUUUGAGAACCAGAUACUCAGAUGAUGCUCAAGUUUACUCUAAGAUGCCUGAUAAUUUCAUUAAAAUUAUUCAAAGUCUGCGUCCUCUGUAUGAACAGAGAAUUGUUGUAUUACCAAAAACUAUCUAUAACCAAAAACACAAAUUCAGACAGGCUUCCUUUGAGGUUACUCAACAUGUUUUAUUAUGAUGGAAAAAUGAGAGAAAUAUUGUCUCUUCUGUAUUAGAAAAAAAUAAAAAAUAUCAAAAAUACUUCUGCUAUAUUAGUAAUCCGACUUUAACAAAAAAAGCUCUCACAAACUCACAAAAACGAACAAAAAUAUCUAAAAAAUAUCUAAAUAAUAUUUAGUUUUCUUCUUCAUCCUACAGGCCCAAUAAAAAACAAUGAAAACUAGGACAUUUUCAGGACGGCAAGGACAGCACAGGAAAUUCAGGACAUGCCCUUGAAAAACAGGAUGUUUCGUCUCCCUAAUUUAACAGGCAGAAACCUCGAGCAGAACCAGACUCUUGGUAGACAGCCAUCUGCCGCCUUUAGUUCGUAUAAAUUUACUUCUCACAAUGCUGGGAGAAAUAACAAAACUGGCAAUAAAUGGCAAAUUCACCCUCUUUUAAGGUGGGUGAUACACUGUAUUUUCAUUAUACAGUUAAAAGUUUAAAUUAAAUAUUUACUAUGUUAUGAUUUAACACGACACCAAAGCCAAUAAAAAGGCUUUUAAACCACAUUUGAUUAAACAAGAUGGCUUACUAAAACAAAAAAAAAAUCUUAAAUGUAUGAAACUUUUGAGACCCAAGGCCAACUCAUUUGGAUGAAAAUCAGUCAAAACAGGAACAAUUCAGUGAAGGUUUUUCUUCAUCCAGGUCGCUGUAGUCCAGUUUUUGGAGAUAUUUCAACUGUUAUUUUUAAGCUCCUCUGAAGUUCUAAACUACAGAAUAAAUCAUGAGUCUGCCUGCGUAGUUAUUUCAACAAGAUAAGGUUUGUCUGGAUGGAGACUGUGUGCUUUGGUCUUGUCUGCGUAAGAUCACGCUAUCCUUCAGUAUGUGAGUAAGAUAUGCAGCCAUUCCUCAGCUUGGCUCUCUCUGUAACUGAUAGUGGGAUCCUUUUCAUUCCAACAACAUCCCACACUCCUAACUUUAAAUAUUACCCUCUCCGUGAUCUUUCAGUCUUUCCUCCUCACGCCUCCGUUCUAGUCUCUUUUCAAACCCUGUUGUCUUCUCGUCCCUCUUCAUGUCUCUCUUUGACUCUGGAGUCCACCUGCUGCAUGUCCAUGUUCUUGGAGAGUCUUUCCUCGCCAUGUGGUUUUCAAAUCUGUGCAGGUUACUCAGGUUGCUGAAUUUUACUUUCUGCUCUGAAUCUUGACGACUGUCUGCCGUCUGCUGCAUCUCUUAUCUUCUUGCAUUGUGUCAGGUUUGUCUUGAGGGAAGGCUGCCGGAGAGACUUCUCAUGCCUUUAUUUUAGAGGACAGGACGGUGAAUAGAGCAGGAAAUGAGGGGAGAGACUUGCAGGAAAGGAGUCGAAAAGCUGGAAUCACACCCAGGCCACACACAAGACUCACAACCUCCAUAUAUGAGCCACAGGCUUACACAAAUAUUUGCAGCGCCCCCUUCAUUCGACUCAAUUUUUUUCCCUUUAAACGCGUAUAAAAAACCUUUUAAAGUAAAACAAAUGAACUCCCAGUCGUGUUAUCUUCCGUGUUUCCUGUCUGUUCUGAGGCAGGGAGGGAGAUGUGUGCCGCUGUAUUAACAAUGUACAUGUGUCCCUGCCUCUCAUUGUGUAUUGGAUCCACAAGAGACGAAUUAAAGUCAUGUUUAAAACUGUUUGUGAUAGAAAGUGAAAUAAAGGGUUAACUAGGGAGGUGCCAACACCUUUUAAUGGAUGAAUAGACACCCUGUUGAAGGUGUGUAUUGCUGGGGUGGUGUCUGGGGUUCAGAAGGGGGUUACCUCUCUUUUCUUUUGUGCCUGCCUCUCAAUUAUAAUGAAUCUGAAUCACAAACAAGCAGAGGGAUUUACAGACUUCUCCUUCUCUCAUAGCGACUGAUUUGUUAAUUUGCCAUGUUCGGGGUCCUUAAAGCGCCUGUGAGGAGUUUUUGGACAUCUAUGAAGUAGUGUUAAUUCUUCUUUCUGCCUUUUUAUGAUAUUCUAAAGCAAACAAGAUCAUGAGAAACAUGAUAAGUGAUUUUGGUAACACUUUAUUUGAUGCCUAUCUCUAUGACCCAUUAUAAAUUAUGUAAAAUGCGUUAUAAUCAUGUUAUAGCACUGUAUAACUAUAGCUAUAAACACUCAUAAAUGAUCAUUGUGCUUUAUAGCAAUAAUCAUAACUUACUAUAAAGCAUUUUAUCAUGACUCACAAGGUCAGGUAUUAUAAUGUGUUAUAACUGUUAACAACUCACUGACAAUGCUCACAUAGAGAAUGCAAUGCAACUGUUAUAACACAUUAUAAUACCUGACCUUGUGGGUCGUAAUAAAAUGCGUUAUAUUGUGUUAUGAUUAUUGCUAUAAAGCAUAAUGAUCAUUUAUGAGUGUUUAUAACUAUAGUUAUAAAGUGCUAUAAGUGAUUAUAAUGCAUUAUACAUAUAUUUAUAAUGCGUCAAAGAGAGAGGCUUCAAAUAAAGUGUUACCAAUAUUUCUUAUCGCCCCCAACCAGUAGGAAGGGGUCGGUGUCAGCCAAGUAGCUCAGUUAUUCCCCUAUAAAAUUUGGUAAUCAUCAAAAGUUUGUAGGAUUUGAUUAUUUUUAGGACAAAAUAAGUGAGUGCUUUAUCCACAGGGGGCGCCAAAUUUGACACCAACCAAAAGUUCCUUACAGGAGCUUUAAAAAUGUCAAUAAUUUGUUCAAAUGAGUUUGAACAAAUGAGUAGAAUCUUCUUUUUUCUUUAUAUUUAAGUACAUGUUUGACUUUCAUUCACUGAUAAACCUUUCAUGUGUUUUCACUCACUCUAAAACAAACGCCCCUAUUCAUGACACCAGCAGUGCUAUCUCUCGUUUACAUACUGUAGGACAGUGAUUUCACCGCUCUGACAGGAUGGCCGGGGGGGUGGAGAGGGUUGUAUUUGAUUGUAAUCUGACACACCUCUCCAAAGUCUCUUUCUUCCUCACUCUCGCUCCAUUUCACUUAAACAACACAAUGCUGUCCCUGUGUCUCUCGCCGCAGAGCAGAGGGAGAGCUAAAGCCUCACGAGUGUGACAUUACGUGCGUCAUGAUUUGCAAUGAGCAGUUGUAGGAAUGUUAAGUAGAGGUGAGGCGGGGGGCUGAGGGUGUGUAACCUCCAGCCGGAGCAAAUGACAAGUGUUGGUUAGAGUGGAGGAGAAGGGGGCAAGGGCAAGAUGAGAUGAUACGGAGAUGGUUGUGGUUCAUGUAGAAGUUGAUGAACUCUUUGAAAACAGAGCGUGAGGCGCUACGGCUCUUGUUUGGUCUGGAAUGAUGAUCAGAAGAAGCGGAAUUCGCAUCCUCGGUAUUCAAUCGUGAAGAGCUUGUCGAGGCCUGAUAUCCUCCUAAAAACACAGACAUGAUUAAAGAAACACUCAGCAACUCAAAAGUGCUUAUUCUGUCAAAUUUAAUAAUCAUAUUCAUCUUUUUAUGGAAAAACGAAACCAAAGAUAUGCUCCUUUUGCUGUUUUCUGGCUCAAUGUGCUGCACUGUAAGUUUAUAUCCUUGCGAUUACAUAACCCCAGCUUUUCUACCUGUGUACUUGUGUGUUUGUCUGUUUAAACUUACAGCUAUUAAGACAUGUCAUUGGCACUGACAAUGCUGGUAUUAGGAUGAAAUAUCAAACGGAUUAAAGGAUUAAGCCUCCUGGCACAAACACAUUAAUAUCUGUUCUGCGCUGGAGUCCCAUUGCUUUUAAUAACAAAGAGGAAACUGUCUAAAGAAACCUCUUCUCAGGGUGAUUAAAAUUAAUUUACAGGACACAUUUUAAGUUUAUAUAGGCGAGGUUUUAAGACGGCCAAAUCACUAUGAAACCCGUCCUUGAAAUCCGAAACUGGUUUUAAUCACUCUUACUUAAAAACUCAAUGACCGUGGCAUUAACAGUGACCCCCCUGUGAGUGCUGAUUUGACUGUGAAAGAAAGACUUGACACAGGAAUGCGCUCACAAAGAAACCUGAUUCAGUCAUUUCUCUCUGCGCCGGUGACAGGUGAACUCUGACAGUUAUAACUUGUGCGUGGGAACUUGUUGAUGCACGCUGAGCUCUUAGCUCUUAGUUUGUGUCUUAUCGUUAUCAGGCAUUUGCCGAACUGUAUGAGUGACAGAGGGUGCUGAUGUCGCUGUUAUAUGGUCAGACUAAUUUCCUGUCGCUCCCUCCAGGUAUACAUGUGGCAUUCUUCAAAGUCUUUAGAUGACUGAACUGUAUUUCAAACUUUAGCCCGUCGUCGGCUAAAUGAUCCAGUUAUUUGUAAUCGUUUGAUAGGACUGCUUUUCUUGCAUCAUCUCUUACACCAGGUUAGAUUUGAGUUUUUGCAGCACUUGCACAGUGUAUAUAUAUUAGCAUGUGCAUACUAUGUUAAGCUUUUGUCAUGAAAACCGGCUCAUAAGUGCACAAACUGGGCAAGACGGUGUUAGCACAACAAGCAUACGCCACACCCUGAGUCACACUUGGCUCCUACAAGUAGUUAGCUCUAUAUAAGCGUUUCAAAGACUCAUACUAAGACAUGCAGAUUAAGGCUUUGUGUGUGUCUAUUUCAAACCCUCCAGGCUUCUUCUUUUAACAGGGAGACAGACCUGAGGAAAGAGGCAGAGGGGGCGCUCAGGUGUGUUUAGUUUGCCUUUUAAUAAGGUGUCAAAAUGCUUCUUUUGAACCCCUCUCUGUCACAUCAACGCUGAAACGUUUGUGCACACUCAUACACGAGGCAGUCUCUCACCUCUGACAGUUACACACCUUUUCUACACCGCUGGCAGAUUGCCUCACCAGUUAUUAGUUACAUAAAAGUAGAGGCUGUUUUUUUCUCUGCGAACAGUUGCACUUUGUUUUAUUUUUUGAUGCAUGAAAUUUUAAAGUUAAUUUAUAUUUAUGACUAUUAAAUGUUCCUGAAAAUGCGAAUUACAGGGAUAUUCUGGCAUAAAAUUAAGUUAGGGUCAAACACACUGUAACAUUAAGUUAGACACCCCCUCCAGAGAUGAAUGUUGCCGACCGCUUUCUUCUCUAGUUAUACCAACUUUAGUAGCGACCGCACGAUAGCAAAACACAGAGCAACACGCUCAACCAAAAAGCCACUCUAUAGCUACAAAUAAUGAUCAGAACAGCCCAUAACUUCAUUAACAGUACAUACAGGGUUGCCUGAUUUCUUAAGCAAAGAGACUAAACACAACUCACCCACUCUCCUUCAGCAGCUGUUUGUACGGAGACCUCCAAGCGAGUCCAUUAUCAACUGCUGUGGGGUGUCACAGCUCAAGGAAGAACAUUUAUGAUCAUCUCCUCGUGAAAAUGCAAUCAGACCAAGACGCUAAGGCAGAAGAACUAUCACAUCUGCGGUGCAAAAUGAUUAAUACAGUGAUUAUAACUUCAAGAAAAUGAUUAAGAAGUGUUCAUAAAUGUUCUUCCUUGAGCUGCGUAACCCUGCUGUAGUCCAUAAUGCAUUGGCCUGAGGUCAAGCGGCUGCUGGAAGAGAGUAGGUGAGUUGUGUUUAUUCUCUUUGCGAAAGAAAUCAGGCAAAAUUAAAAAGAUGUUUGGUGGCAGGCAACCCUGUAUAUACUGUUGAUGAAGUUAGGUGCUGUUCUGAGCAUUAUUUGUGGCUAUAGAGUGGCGUUUUGGUUGAGCUCGUAGCUCUGUGUAUUGCUAUUGUGCCGUCGUCACUCAAGUUGGUAUAACUAGAGAAGCAAGCGGUCGGCAACAUUCAUCUCUCGACGGGGUGUCUAACUCAGUGUUACAGUGUGUUUGACCCUAAAUUAAAUUUACUCCAGGAUAUCCCUUUAACACCAGGAGUUUGCAUAUCAAACUCCAAAUAUUGUAAGCAGAGUAUGAACAUAUAUAUAGAUCAUGUUACUCCACCUCUUCCUUGCCUUGUCUCAUAUCUACUUUAUGUGUUUUCCGUAAAUAUCGCGAUAACAUCGUGGAUAAAUCUGAUAUCACGUCUGCCGUAAUCCACAUAAAUGCAAAUCAUUCUGCCUCCAUUCCCUCUGUUGGUAAAAGAAAGUGGUGGGAUUCUUCAUCACUGAGAGAUGAUGAAAACAACACUCCUGAAAACCUCAGUCAUGGAGCAGAACCAGGAUCCACAAUGGCCCCCUUUGUGUGUGUGCUGGUCCCAUGUGAUGUUAGAAAAUGACAUGCGUGCUGCUGUCUACCUUAUCAAAUCAAGGACAGCAAGGAGCUUUUGUGAGGAAGUGUCAUUGCAUGAAUAACAUGUGUCUCGGUAUCAGGAUGGACGCAGUGGAUGCCGAGGAUUUGCUCCUGCUUUUUCCUGAUGUCAGCUUCAUGUUAAGAGGUGCAAAAAGGAAGUUAACAUGACUUCUGGUCUCCUAAGACAUGCACCUCUUACUCUCACAAGUACUGAGAGUAGUGGCGUGAUAUAAAGUGAUUCAGCUUUGCAUUUUUGAUGGGGAUAGAGACCUUUAAUGAGAGUUUAGUGAAUGAGUAUCAAAGCGGGCUCGCCUUACUCUAACAGUGCAGAAAACCAAUCCUUUGAUAUAAACGUCGUCAUCCCACGCUCGCUUGAUUGGGGUGAGAUGUCGUCCAAGGUUACUUCUGCCUGAACUUGUCUGAAAGUUCAGGUUCAGGCCAUUUGCCAACUCCUUAACCCUCCCUGAAAGCUUUUCCUGACUAAUGGUGCGUCUCGCUCUCUGACCACAAACAUUUCAGCUGCUCAGAGUCUCCAUGAAUUUCCGUGUUGAUUUGGUUUUAUCAGUGAUGACCAUCCCCCUCUAUCAGCCUCACUUUUGUCCCAGUCUCAGCAGAUGAGUCUGAUUGAGGUUUCUGAUCACUGGAGCUCUAAAGUUAAAUCUGAAGGAUCAAAAUGAAGCUUAAAGAAGGAGUUAUUUACGAGCUUUUAGCUUUAGUUCAUGAAUGGAAACAAAAAGAGCCAAAAGACAGCCCCGGUAAAAGUCCCCUUCUUUCUCAUCCUCUGUCGUAGGCCUGAGGGCUCUCACUCAGACCUGGGCUCAACUUCAGAGGAACAAAAACUCUAUAAACUGUGAAUGUGUUAGUGCAAGAGGAAAAAGCAUCACAAAUUCAGAGGAGGUUAACUAUUUACACCCCAGACAAACAGAUAUAAUACACGUCGGCUAAUUCGCUCAUAUGCUGUUUGCCAGUUGGCCAAGCAGCAGAACGUUUUUUUCAGUCAGGGGGUCACGUAUUAUUACAAUCAUCUAUUCAGUUAUUAAUUCAGGCCAACAGGCAGCCAGCCGAGCCAUUAGGUUUACUCAAGCGUUAGUUGAUUGAUUAGUCGUCGGUGUUGAUACGGACAGAUGUCUCACGUCCCACCAGGAGCUGCUGGAUUCUGGCUUGUUUCUGUGCUUGUCUGGCUCUUGUUGUAUCACUGAAUGAGCCGUAACUUGAAUAUCUUACUCUGUCUUUGGGCUACGAAAAAUAGGGGGGGAGAGAUUUAAGGGUUGGGUCAGGUGCGUUUUUAUGAAGAUUUUUUUUAUGCACUGUGUGUUUUAUUUCUGAGAUUUAUGGCCCCUGCUGAGUUUUACUAGCUGAGGCCUUCAUCAUAAUCUCCCCCUGGGAUAUCAGUGACUCCUCGUUGGUUUGUGUGCUCCUUAGUGAUGUAUAUUGAUGUCUUUAUAAGAAGGAAACAAACUGGAUCCUCAGUCUACGAGCAGCAAAAGCACCCCUGGAUCUGGGUAUAAAGCUUUAAAGCAGAAACAAGACUUUUCUCCCAGAAAGCAAUAAGUUUUUAUUGAGGACUAGUGAGAUGAAAACACUGGUGUAAAAAAGCGGCACGCUUGAGCAGAGAGGGAUAAUUCCUUCACACCAGGAGAUUCUUUUAAGUCCGAAAAGAGGAAAUGGACGGGUGUUAAAAAAAGGAGAAGCCUCCACCCUUUUCCUGUGUCCUCUGCUUUUCCACCUUUUCCCUUCUUCUCCUGCAGAAAGUCACUUUAAAGUAAGGGUACUGUGUUUGGUGAACAGGAGGGGGGUAGUUGGAUAUGUUUUAAUUUCUAUCAACCUUUAAAGGUACUGUGAGGAGUUUUCAAAAGCAAACCAGACAAUCAACAAAACUGAUUAUUUCACUGCAGUGUUUAUUAGUGCUGUGAGGAGGGGGUUUAAGACCAGCUCUAAAGCUGAAAACAUACAGGAUCCGUACUGAGCGCAUUCCUUAUUUGCCCUGGGUAUCACAUACAGGAUGCAUAGCAGCAGUGUAGUGCCCCAACAGGACUUUAAACUGCUAAACUCUGAAGGUAACAGCACAGUAUAAAGGAACAUAGUUUACUUUAUUAAACAUUAGUAAACCUGCCAAAACUGUACAAUCAUUUUGCAUUUUAAUAAAUAGUAGAAGCUCAACAAUCUGAAUUAUAUCCAAAUUAGCAGGAAAUAGACCACAGAAAGGCAAAGUUAGCAGUUUAAAGUCCUGUUGGGGUCCACAUGGAUCAGGGAUUGACCAUCAGAUUGGUCUGUUUUACUGAUAAAUUCAUAACCAGGAAGUAUUUCUAAUCUACACGAACUGAAACACAGUCAGGAGUUCGCAGAUGAUGUUUUAUUUUGAAAUACCAGAUGGCAUGCCCGGUUUUCGUGCUUAACAUCCUGUCUAGAACGAUCUUCUCUGUGUGGACUGACACGUGUUGGAAGCGUAGAGCAGCAAAAAUAGAUUUGGCGCGUAUCUGUAGGAGACGCUCAAUUUGCUUCUGAUACGAUGCUUCGACGGAGCUGAUACGUAUCCUGUAUGCGAUACUUCAUUGGCUAGAAUGGCAUCCUAUGAUGUCAAGCGUUUUAGCCCUAAUACUUAAAGUAAAUGAUAAGACAGCAGGAUGAGGUUUUAGUUUAGAAACUCUACUUUCUUGUACACAGGAUGAUAGACUUCCUUGAUCCAAACCAAAAGUCCCUCACAGCUUCUCUUUAACAUCUUUAUCAGAAUUACUCUGACUCAGAUUUAUAGCUGCUCUCAAGAAGACUGGAAACAUAACAAGAAGGUGGUUCAUACUAAUAAGACAUUACACAAUUCAUGUGUUCUUCUCUCAAGCCAAGCAUGAUUGCACACGCACGCUCUUUUACAGGCUGUUUUGUCCAAUUAUAGAAAUGUUACUCGGUUUGGCUCGCAGGUGAAGUCAUUUCUGUGGUGAAGGCUGGAAUGUGAAGACUUUAAAGUAGGAGAAGAGGUGAUUUCUACUCAAACAUGAAUGUCAUCUGUGUGUGUGGAGAUGUGGGGGCUUGUCUGUUCCCAUCUAAUCCUGCAUCUGUGCCAGUUUGAAUCAGGGACAUUUAUAUAUUUGAUAUAUUGCAACAUUUUCACUGAUUUUUCAUAGAUUUUUUUGGGGGGGUUGGAAGCAUCUGCUGUCAUCGCUUAAAACAGUAAUAAGCAACUUCCACCUCGGCAGCCCUGAAGCCUCCUGGACCCCACAGAUAGUGACUUCAGAGAGUAGGCGAUGAUAGAAAUGACAAGCAGACUGUUUAAGCGUGAUCAUCCCAGUCAACCAACCAACCCUGGAGGCAAACCACAACAGCUUCCCACUGCUCUCUCAUUUUAGGGCUACUGUCAUCGGAGGUCGACAUGCUCAGACUGAUACCACCAAUGUAGUUAGAUGUAAAUCUGCUCCAAACAUGAACCAUAAAAUCGGUAAAAACCUGGUCUUGGUCAACCAUGAAGGACUCAGGAUUUAGUUUGUGUACAUGGCUCUAACUCCAUGUGACCUACCCAGCCCAAGAAGAACACUUUCACAUACUAUUUUCAUGGCUACUAGACAUGCAUGUGCAGGCUUUACUUGUGGCCUAGAUUGCGAGCUACCUCGCAGCAUGUCAGACGCCAUUGCGAGCAUGCACGGAGGCUCCAAAAGGGCUGGUCCUGUGUACUUAUCUGUUCACAUGCUAAUCCCCAGACGUCCAGUUUUAUUUACAGUCCCCCUCACCUACAAAAUAUUUUUAACAACUCUGUCAUCAUCUAGACAAGCAAGUUUAUCAUCCAGUUGGCCUGUGCUGUGUUCAAGUUUGGUUGUCUCACACACAGGUUCAAACCUGGACUUGGUACAUCUUAAGAAGACUCAUACAUGGAUGGCUUAGUUGAGGAUUUUUCGCCAUAAGUCUUUAAAACUUUGGCUGAGAGUUAUCAUUUUGUGGCUAUGUGUUGAUAUCUUGUGGUAAGAGAUAUAUAUACAAUAUAGGGCUGGGCGAUAUGGCCUCAAAUCAAUAUCACAAUAUAUUGAGCAGUUCAUCUCAAUAACGAUAAAUGGAUGAUAACUACUCCACAAGCUGCUCACACCCUCCCACAUUAACUUCGUCUACUUCAGCCACUACAACUUUUGAACUGUCCUCCAUCUCCUCACUUGUCUUUCCCUCUGGGGUGGAGUCACGUCUCAGACGUAGGACGGCAUCCUAAAGGGACAUGAGACCAUAGCCUACCUACACACACCCAAAACCAACUUUUAUUUAUUUAUUUACCGUAUUUUUCUGGUGAUAAGGCACACCGAAUUAUAAGGCGUACUGUGAAUCAACGUAAGGUGCAUUAAGCAUUAAACCUUGAUUGGUUUAUUGUUGGUAGCACGUACUCCGGGCCUGGGCUGCGUUACAUAAAUGCACUUCUAGUUUAGACAUUACAGUCAGGCAGUCUUGUAGACUGCUCAGGGGUCCUGCUAUAUUGCCGAUCAGGUAGUGACUCAUGCUGUGUCCGAAAUGAAUCUCUCAAUCCCUAACCCCCAUAUGGAAUUUCACUGUAUAGCUGACUUUGUAGUGAGCUCAAUCCCAGGAGGUUUCGGACACUACAUGGCGCUCUGUUGUGACAUCACUGCUCAGACUGUCGCUGGAGACGCAGUGCAUGAUGGGAUGCCCACCACUGGUUAGUCACCAUCAGAUGGUCACUACAUUUUGUGAUGCUCUAUGGGAAAUUUUGAUUCGCCUAUAUGGGGUAUUAGAAUUGAUCACUCAGGUUUCGGACACCCCUCAAAAGGCGCUAACCCCCAUAUAGUCGUAUAGUAAUGCUCCGAAUAUCCAAAUGAGCGGAGCAUCUUUGUUGCUUACCAAAGUCGUACUCAGGCGUUUCGACAUAUUUUUGAGUGCUCUGUACUAUGGAAUCAGAUUGUACCACAUAAAAUCGGUCAGUAAGCACAACAAGUAAUCAUACAUAAGGUGCGCUGGAUUAUAAGGCGCACUGUCAAUUUUUGAGAAAAUUUAAGGAUUUUAAUUGUGCCUUAUUGUCCGAAAAAUACAGUAUUUUUUUGACACAUAAUGUAUUGACGUGGGCAAAAUAAUGUUAGUUAUUGUCGUAAAUUCUCAGUUUAUCGCCCAGCCCUAGUUCAGUAUGUUCCCAUAGUAACUCAUUUUAGAUCCAGUUGAUCAGUUUAUGCCCUUGAGGAGACUCAGUUUGGCACAGUGCACCAUAAUUCCUGCAGGGGUUGAAGCUGGAUUGGGGUACUCAUGGGGUAUUCUGUAGAUUUAGGUCGAGAGGGGUUGUCUGAAGGCUCAGUGUCACCCGGGCGUCUUUCUUUCAGCGAGCAAAACCAGUUCAGCAUGCACACAUGGACAUACUUCAACACACACACAAAUGUAUUCAGGAUUUGCCAGACUCCCUAUUUAGAUUUACACAAGUCUCCGGGUUUCCCAGGGAGACGGCUGCUCCACCACCCCACCCUUUUUUUUUUUUUUUUCUCUUUGUUGAAAAGAACCAAUCGUGUGUUGGCUGGUAACUAGGCACCCCAUUUAUCAGUAACCAGCACCAACAAUAACUGUAACCCGACACCUCCUCUGAGAGAAAGACUCCGAGGAAAAGGGAAGGUUGGAAUGAGGAGGUGAAAGAAACGGAAAAAAAAGAGAAAGUCAAGUGUGGAAAUUUACAAAAUACAACUUUAAUCUUCAGAUAUUUUAUUGUUUGUCAUGUUUUUGGUGCAUAUUUAACUUUUGGGAGAAUUCUUGAUUUUUCACGUAACUCAUUCCAGUUUAUAUGAAAAAAAAAAGUCAUGCCAAAAUUAGAUGGCUGCAAAAGUCCAGAUCGAAGAAUUAGAAAUGGGUAAACAAGAACCAUGACAGAAAAGGAGCAGCGGCGGCGGCGGCAGGGAGGGGCUCCAGUGUCAGGGUAAUGGAUACUCGGGUCCUAUUAGGCCAUUAAUGGCUGAGUAGCUCUGAAGAGAGCAGCGCAGGCCGACCUGUGAGAGGCUUUUGAUCAGAGUGCGCUCCCGACCAAACCGUGUGUUGGUUCGGGUUGAGUCAAUCGGAUGUGAUCGAUUGUGAAGAGUACAACAGAACGAGUGCUUGUAAACACUUGUUGUUAGAUCAGGAGCAUUUGUGAAGGAACGGCGGGCGUUUAUUUGUGAAGAGGUGUUUGUUAGGGCAGCGAAAAGUUUGAGCACAUUGAGAAUAUUGUAGAUGGAGCGUGGCGGAUGACUAAGCUGCUGUGUCUGUGUGGUUUUUGAGGGUGUGUGGGCGUGCGGAGGUGCAUUCCUGGUUAUACUUGAUUAAUUUCCUUUCACGAAACAGAGAAUGGCGGUCCACUUGACUCUUUACCUUUUUUGACCCCUUGGCUUAAGGAGACAAAAAACAGGAGCGGAAACCCCGCAGAUACACCACAACCUGUUGAACCGAAUCAAACUAUUGUGAUUCAAAAGCCCCCCGUAUGGAUUUCUUUGUUUUAUCUUCAGCUUUGACAGGAUGUAACGACGAUAAUUUCAGUGUUGACAUGAUGUCAGGAGGGAUACUUGUUGGAGGUGAUGGACAUGUCUGGACUCGUACUGUAAAGGAUAUGUGGAAAUGUGGUCUUCGCCUCAUUGUACCUUUGCGGUUUCUUCAUACACUUAAGCGCCUGUGUUUCCUGGCCUCUUGGUGAGGUUUUUAUGUGUAUGGUAAACAUUUCACACUCCUUUUAUUCCAGUUUUACUGACCUUUAAAGUAAGACUAUUUUUGGACCAAGACAAUCACUUUCUACUUCUUUCUUUGUGCCAUCAGGUAAAAGUCAAAUCCUGCAGGGAGCUAAACUAAGUAAUUCACAACACCCACCUUUUCUAGUUUGAUUUCUAAGUGAUUUACAUGACCUAGACUGCUUAAUCUUGUUAACCACAGUUUCUUGUUUCCCCCGCUCCUUUUACUCCUCCCAUUCCUACCUUUCCUCUGCCUCAAGGGCAUCUUCUCCUCAAACUUGUUAACAACAGAAUGAGAUGUUCACCACCAGCUGCUGAUUUUAUCACUGGAGAUCUUGUCACAACAACAAGCCAGCUGCCUCCUCCUUUUUCUGCUCCAUGUCCACUGCCCGAGUGCUUCGUCACAUCUCUCAACAAUUACAUUCUUUGGCAAUUAGUCAAGAGAGUUUAAGAAGUAACAAGUGCGCAAAGAGCGGUUAACCCGCCGGCACCGAAAAAGGGUGGAGAAAUUCAGGUGUGUGUUUGGACUCAUUUUGCUUUGUCUGGCCUCUUCAUCCAGGUUUGCUUGGCAUUGUCUGCGCAGGAACACUGCUGCUAUUCACCGAAUCCAUCUCUCUCAGGGAUCCUAAAUGGGACAUAGAUAUUCUAGCCAGGUCGUUUCUUGGCCCUGGCACUCGAUGCCCCUGAGUGCUCUGCUUAAGUACAGUCGCUAAGGGCACUUGUGGAGUCUUGUGAAAGCCCGGUCUGCUUAGAAGUGAAGGCGGAGGAGCAGUUGAUACGCCAGUGCGGUCUUUUGAACUCCCAUGUGUUUGGAGCCAAAGGUUUCAGUUUGACUCGACAUGAGUGCGAUGUUUUAACUGGCCUGCAGCAGAUGUGUAUGUCUGGUGGUUCAGAUUUCCCUGUUAGGUGUUUAUGUAGGCUUGUGCCUCCUCUGAUCCUUCAGCCGUUGUUUGUCAAACUCGUCUACUUUUUUUCUUGUAAUGUGUGAUGUGUUGGGACUAAAGCACUAAAGACAACAACUUUUCCACAUGUAUUCAGGGUAGACUGAUUCAGGCAAUCACUGAUCCUGGCUCAGUCAACCGUCUGCAUGUAAUCCCACCUGUUCUCUGGGAUGUUAGCCUCCAACACCCACACGCUACUCUGUUCCAACUGCUCACUUUUGAGGUGAAAGGAGUCUUUUGUUUCCGUUAUAAUGGCUCAAAGAGAGGAUAAUAGAUAGAGACCUCUUGCCAACCAGAAUAAAAGUAUAAUGACCGAGAGGAAGUAGAGGAAUAAAGGGGAUGAAGAUUGAGAAAUUCCUCUUUUUUUCCCCCUGGAGAUAUAUAGAUGUUGGAGGCUAUAGAUGGGUUCCUGUGCAACGUCAUUGCAGGUUUGGGUGUGCAGCCAAGGGGCAGAAAGCGGGACAUUUUCUAAUUUGUUUACGAGCAGAGUCAACGGAGAAUGACACGGUGAUGUUGCGCUGUAAAAGCAUGAAUUGGUAAAACAAUCUGCAAACAUUAUGACCCUGCUCCUGAUAUUAGAAACAUCUAAAACAACGUCACAACCUGGUAAAUCGAGGGAAAUUCAUGGACAUUUCAGAAAGUGUUUUUCUGAUUUUGAUGCAAUGGAAGACAAAGUGAUUUUUCAAUGAAAUGACAUUUUAUUGCAAUUUUGUCAGGGAGAACUUGCAAAAAUUACGGCAUCUUCGGCAUCUGCGGCCCCCAUGGUUGCGCGCACACCUAGUAUUGUUUUUACACGAGAAACCCGUCUAUACUGCCUCACAAAACAGGGGUUAUACUUUUGAGCAAACCUGACAUAAGCUGCCUCGCUACGAUAGUUAUUGAGGCCUUUUGAAUUUUCAAAAUCCUUACCAACAGGUUGUAAGUUUGAGCAUCAGUCAAGUGUGAACAUUGUCUUGAACUGCUUCAAAUUCAGCUUUUCAUUCUGGUACAUAGAGGUGUGAGUCAAGCGCCACUUCCAGAUAAGCAUGAUGCGUCAGCUGCAGGGUUAUUGUGUUUACAAUGUCUGCAUUGAAAAUAAAACAGCAUGACAAGCAGACAGACUAACAAUAAAGUCUACUUGCUUCGUGAGGCCGGUAGUUUUCCACUGACAAACUUUGUUUCUGCAAGAAGAGCAGUUUCAGAGAGUGUCCUGAUCCAAUCCUUAAUGAAUUAUUUAUUAUCCCAGUUUAAGGUUAAUUUCGUAUCAAACUAACAUUUUUUUCUGGUCGCCAGUCCAGACAUGCUCUAAAUGGGAAUUGCUGUUUUUUUGUAACAGGAAGGCUUGACAAUUAUACUUAGACAUUUCUUCAUCCUGCAUGUAUUCGUAAUGUUUUUCUUUUUUUCCUUUUGUUCAUAAUGUAUGGCUGUUGAGUUGACCCAUCUAAACGUGUUUUGAUUGAUGGCGCUCAGGCUGAGUUAACUUCAGCGUGAUUUCUGGGUGAUUUCCCGCUCCUUUCAAAGACAGGAUGUCAGUCAGAGUCUGCAGCUCGCUGAUAUGUGAUCUGCUGUUGGUGCUGGUUGCCACGAGAGAGAGAAAGAGAGAGAGAGAGAGAGAGACAAAGGGAGAUGAGACUUGACAACAUGGACUCUGAACAGUGGGUGCAACCGUCACAUUAGGGGCAAACUAGCAGCUGAUGCUAGCUUCUGGCAGGUUUCAUUAGCUGCUCUUUUCACCCAUUUAGAUCUCAUUAAGUACAACACAUGAUUUUAAAUGACUGGACUAUUGGUUCUCUGACUUUUAAAUAGUUAAACUUGUUAAAUACAAACUACAUAUCCAACAGCAAGAUUGUGUUCUUGCAUGUUGUAUUCACCAAAAAAAAAAAAAAGCUCUGUUUUUCUGAGUAUUUUUUUUUCUGUUCUGUUCUUCAGACAAUUUUUUUGUCUGUUAUUCAAAGUUUUUUUUUUUUCUUUUCUUUUUUUCUGACUAUUUUUUUUUUUGUUGUUGAAGUUUUACUUUCUUUUGGGGUUGAAACACCGGGAGAUACUCCUUUCUUUAAGUCAGAUAGAUGGAAUCGUCAUUGAUGGAAUUUGUUUACUUUGUGCAGGCACCUUUGCAUACCCUAUGUUUAACUAAUAAUAUGCUUUACUCUUAUUGACCCCGUAGUCGAUGUUAUCUAGGAGCUUGAGAAUCCACUGAUUUGGUGCAGCCAUGGUAGUUAACGUUAUCUGAUUGCAUGAGAUUCUCACAGGAUUUUGAAGUAUCUUGCUUAGUUAGGUAAAAAAAAGUCCAAAAAACAGAAAGACAAAAAAAAUAUUACAAAAAAACAGAAGAAAAAAUUUGUCAGAAAAACAAAAAUAAGAAAAAAAUUAGUCUGAAAAAUGUAUUUAUUUCUAUUUAAGUGAAUGCAAUACGCUCCUGUAGUGUUCAAAGCAUCAAACUAUAAGGCUGCAAAAAUGUGUGAAGCAAAUUACAGUAUAAUGCUGUUACAAAAUAAUAAUUAUGCUUUUUUUAAGAUAUUUAUUAAGAUAUUCAUACUGAGACGCAUAAAGAAAGUUUAGAUAUUCUAUAACAGCUCCUGCCUUUUCAUCUUACAGUUUAUAAAUUUACAUACACGCAAUAGUAAUAAGUGAAUCCUGUUAAACCAGUUUCUGCGGUGCAGCAUAUCUGUUACUCAUUUCAUGUGUGUGAGAGUGCGCAGGGAAGCAUUACACACGUAGAAUGUACAGUAUUUUUCUGUAGCAUCUUCCCGUGACACACCCUUCCCAUGUUCAGCCCGUCCUCUGCAUGUGUGUUUGUGUGAGUCCAUGCCAGCAGCUGUCGAGAUCUAUAAAUAGCGUGGGCCGUAAUUCCCUUAGGAGACAAAACUAACAAACACCUAUGGAGCAAAAGUGUGUAAGUGAGGCUCGUGUAGGUUUUUUAAACUGAUACUUUAAUUACUCUGUCAAUACAAUCUCAAUAAGAUGUUGUAAUCUCUGUUCAUGUGGUGCUCUGUAUAUAAUAAAUCCCUGUUCCAUAUUCUCAUAAUUGUAGCACAGUCUUUCAGUUUUGGAUACCUUACUUCACGGGACCCUCAAGACCUGAUAGCAGGGUAUUGAAUUUGCUUUAUUGGGUAUAUAAAUGACCCGAUUAUCAAUCACCGUGCCUGCUCACCAACCUAAUCUCCAAAAUGUUACCCAGUCAGGAAUUAUCCUGGCAUCAUAAAGUCCUCAGUCAUCAUGUCGAAGCUCCACACUCAGCAUUGCUUUAAGUAUAGAGUUUGUGAUGCAUGAGUAUUCGGCCCAGCAACUUAAUUAUCGUAACAUUUUCAGUUCUGCAUUUGGAAUCUCGCUGGAUUUGUACUUUGGUUCCCAUGAGACGCAGGGAGAGACAGGUGUGGACUGCAGCGGAGGAGUAAACACACAGUAGCCAACAGAUACUUAGUCAGUUCACGCUUUGUUGAAUGACAACCUCCAUUCCAGGACAUUAUAGCAGCCCCACAAACCACAGCUGCCGCUUAAUAUCACCGGCCUGCCGAGUGACUUGUUAAUGUGCGUAUAUGCAUUUCUUUGAGAGCCGCGUGUGGCUGCGUCGCCCAACAGCCAAGAAAUAGAAGUAGUUGAACGAGCGGAACAAAGUGAGCUUUAUACUCCCUCCUAUCAUCAAGAGUAGGCGGGGAUGCCAAGUCUAGUUAGCACUGAGCUUAAGGCUUGGCCGACAAGGCUGGAAGAGUGGUUGUCCGCACCCUUCUUUGAUUGAGAGGGUUCAGAGUCUAGUGAAGUGACCUCAUGGACUUCUGAGAGUGACCGCGGCCACACCACACCACACACACAAACACACACACACACACACACACACACACACACACACACACACACACACACACACACACACUUUGAAACAUGUAUUACACUCCCAGUAAGGCGUAAUAACACUUUGCAAUCUGACCCAUCUCCAAACCCUCCCUCGACAGUGUUGUUCCCCCCUGCAAAUUUCAUCUGGUCUCUGCACCUGUCGUCAGCUGUAUUUCACCCAGCCUUUGGCCUCUGCAGCCCACAGCCAUCUGUUUCAUAUAUAGGCACCAGAGCUUAGACUUGGAGUAGACUGUAAUCUCUUUGGGGGGCAGAAAUCCUGGACUUAUUUAAUUUCUCCAAACGUCAAUAAAUCAGCCUUGACUGGCAAAAACAAAAUCCAAUCUCUGCUCAUUUCAAAAUGCAUGAGAUGUUACGAGGUGAUGCAGUCGAAAUCAUUGUGAAAGGUGGUUAUUAAUCAAUCAAUCAACCAAUCAAACUUUAUUAUUGAAAGCACUUUUCAUACAUAGAAUGUAGCGUAAAGUGCUGUCCAUUCGCGCAGGAUAUUAAAAAACAAUGAAAUAAAUUAAAUAAAAAUACAAAUACCAAACCCCACCCAACCUCCCAACCCCCGUUCAACACAUACAGCGCUCACACACAUAUGCAUAUACAGAAGACAAGGUGAGGAUUCUUCAACUUGCCACAGAUGACUGAGGAAACGCUAUCUUGAGUUAAAAAAGAUGAAGAGGAGACACUGAAUCUAGGACUAAAACAAUAAAACCAUGAUAAAAUAUAUUAAAGGUGAUAAGGCGUUAAAAGUUAAUUAAAUAAAGCAGUCUUAAAAUCUAACAAUAACAAAAAGUAAAUAAAAAAAGAGGUAAUAAAACACAAAAUAGUUACUCCAGGACUAAAAUAGGGUAAAAUCACCUAAUGCUGAUUAAAAGAUUAAAACGAAAUUCAACUAAAAGCCAGAAUAAAAAGGUAGAUCUUUAGUUAAGUUUUAAAAAUAUGAACAGUAGGUGUCGCUCUCAGGUCUGCAGGUAGGCUGCUCACAGAUGGGGACCAUAAUGUUGGAACGAUGAUUCACUGUAUGUUUUGUUUUUACUUUGGGAACAAUUAAAAGACCGCUGCCUGACGACCUGAGGGCUCUAUUAGGCUCAUACGGUUAAAUCAAAUCAGACAAAUAAGAAGGAAAAAGACCAUUAUGAGCUUUAAAAACUAAUAAAAGAACCUUUGAAUUUUGUAGAAGCUGAAGCUGUGCAAUGUUCUUUUUAAGAAGACCAGAGAGGAGAGCAUUGCAAUAGUCAAUUCAACAGGUGAUAAAAGCAUGAAGAAGAGCCUCUUCAAUGGCUUGAGAGAGAAAGUGGCGCACUCUGGAGAUGUUCUUUAAAUGAUAAAAUGCCUUUUAAACCUUAAACUGAGGUUUGAAUCAAAUGUAAUCAUCGUGUAUGUGUUCUCUCCUCUUCCAGAUGGCGUUCACCAAGUCGUUGCCCUCUGCACUCUGCGCGUCACCAUCAUAACAGAUGACAUGUUGACCAACAGCAUCACAGUCCGCUUGGAGAACAUGUCCCAGGAGCGCUUCCUGUCCCCGCUGCUCAGUCUCUUCCUCGAAGGGGUGGCGGCCGUGCUCUCCACCAAACGGGAGGCGGUAUUUGUGUUCAACAUCCAAAAUGACACCGAUGUCCAAGGCUCCAUUCUCAAUGUGACGUUUUCGGCUCUGCAGCCUGAAGGUCUUCAGGGUAAAGGGAUGUUCUUCCCUUCGGAGGAGCUGCAGGAGCAGAUCUAUCUCAACAGGACUCUGCUCAGGCAUAUAUCUUCCCAGGAGGUAAAAUAAGCAAACAUGCUUCAACAAGUGCAAAAUGAUGCAGUUCCAGGAAAGCAGAGUAGCAUUUUAUUUCCUCUCUCCAGGUAUUGCCGUUUGACGACAACAUCUGCCUGCGGGAGCCGUGUGAGAACUACAUGAAGUGCGUGUCGGUCCUGAAGUUCGACAGCUCCCCUCCCUUCAUCGCCUCGGACACCGUCCUCUUCCGGCCCAUUCACCCCAUCAACGGGCUGCGUUGCCGUUGUCCUCUCGGUUUCACGGGGGACUACUGUGAAACCGAGAUUGACCUCUGCUACUCGGGACCCUGCAAAAACAACGGAAGAUGCCGGAGUCGGGAGGGAGGGUACACCUGCGAGUGUUUGGAGGACUUCACCGGUGAGUCAACUUUAUCAGAGGACACAAAAACAGACUGUUUUACUUCUUAUGACAGAUACUUCCUGUUGUUCAUGCAGAAAAUUUCUUCAUUUUCGAGUCUUAGUGCUUGCCUUGUCCGAAUAUAACAAGGACAAGGCAAGCGCUAAAAUAACUUUCAUAGAUGCACCCAUCUUGUUUCUGCCUCCGAAUUUGCUUUUUUCCAACUUGGCAACCGAAACGCUUGUAACUCGGUUGUGAUGUCAUUUUCAGCUUCAACAUCUGACUUCCGAGGUAACUCGAAUGCAGCAUGUUAAAUAUUAAAUGUGUUAGACCGAAAGGGCGCCCUCAACCUCAGCCUUCCACUCACUCUGUCCAGGACAGGACAGAGAAACCCAACACUGCCUGGAAGCAGGGACUUCCACUCAUUUUGCUCGGCGUUCACAUGGUGGAUAAUUUGCGGAAAGCUUUCAUCAUUCCCAUUGAAAUAAUUCGCCCAAAUAUUUCUCAAUGUCACUGAUAUUCCCUCCAUUAUCCCUCCUUGUACGUCUGAUGCCUGUUUGGGUGUCUCUCCCUAAUGGAGCCCAGAGAGUCUCUGACGGCUGUCAUCCCUCCCCCCAAAACACUCGACCUCACCUCUCCCUCUCUUCCUGUAUCUUAUCUGAUGUAAUUACCUGAUUAUACCUGCUUUUGUCAGUCACUGGUUAUGUCACGACCCCACUCCAAAUGUCUACCUUCUCCACUCAGCCGUCAUAUUCCCCUCACCUACAUCUCUGUGUCCCAUCUUUGAAGGUCACAGUUCAACUCUAGAUAGUGAGGGGCCGUAAUGGGGCUGAUGACAGGGGCCCCUUUUCUGUCCUCCUAGGGUUUCCUGCAUUACAGGGUUACAGAUCCUUAUAAUUCAGCCUCGGAGAAAAAAGGAUUAUGCUGAGGAGAGAGGAGCUAUUACCUGGUUCCAGGCUGUGAUGUUCGGGGUUUGUGUGUGUCCUACUGAAGAAGGAGGGGCGCUGAUGGUCUAGUGGUCUAAGAAUUCCACAUGUAGAGGCUUUAGUCUGUAGUAAGGCUGCACGAUAUUGGAAAAAAUAACAUUGCGAUAUUUUUCAACCCUGCGAUAUAUAUUGCGAUAUUAAAAAAUACAGGAAUUUUCACCAGAUGACCUUUAUUGGGCUGGGACAUUGUUGUGGCAACAGAUGAAAGGUAGUGCCAACACAGGACACGUGUUUUGGACGACAUCAUCCUUCUUGUAACCGAAAUAAUUCCAGAUAACUGACGUUGCUUUUUCUUUUUAGCAACAAGUCCUAAUUUCCGGUGAUUUUCUCUUGUUCGCUGCUCAUUUUGAAAUUGAUGUUGUGCCGAGGAACACAUGCCCGCCGAGAAUUGCAUGCACCUCGCAAAACACGCACCACUUAUAGUAGAGUGGUCCACGGAAAUGUUCGAUUUAAAACCCAUACAGUUCUUACUUGUGGGGCUGACCACUGAUGAGUAAUGUUCCGAAAGUAAUUCUCAGUUGACACCCGUUCCUCGGCACAACACCAGCAGCGCCAGCGACUCACUCCAUGUGAAGGGGCGUGGUUUCCUCCUCUCUGAUUUUGAUUGACGGCUGGCAGGGUAGAUGCAGAGUCACAUGUAGUGUAUCUCAGUCAGCUACCCUUGAAAUUAGAUGAGUUCAUUCACCCCCGACAUCCCAGGCCGCGCACACGUACAUCGCGAUGAUGAUAUAUCGUGCAGCCCUAGUCCGUAGGUUCAACUCUUGGCCUUGACGCUUUGCUGCACGUCUCCUUCCAAUCUCUGCUCCUCAAAAACCAAAACUUACAAGAAAAGAUUUCUGCUCAGGAAUUCAUAUGAGCUGAGCCAGGAAAGCAGCUCCGGCUCUACAACUGCACAAAGUAAGAGCCACAUGGUCAUUAGGGAGGAAUUUCCCAUGGCGAGACUCAUGAAUCGGAUAAAUCUGAUAUCAGGAUUCAGCCUCAGGGUGAUUAACGAAAAGACAUACUUUUGACAACUCCAAUCAGGCUCACAAGACCCGUCAGAGACAUUUACUGUGUCCUGGAUGAAAGUUGUGAAAUUCCUGUUAAUGUUGAAUAUCUGACAUGAUUUCAUUCAUUCAAGAGCGACCAUUUUCUCCCGCUUUAAAAGAACACGCUGUGGUUCAUUAGUAUCAGCCUGUAGACUCGGGUUUCACAGUAUGUAGAACUGGUUUGUAGAAGUCCCCCUUUUCAAAGUUAGUCAGCAGGAAAAAUGAGAAUCCCUCUUUCUGUCUCUCAGGUGAGCACUGCGAGCUGAACGCGUCAUCAGACCAGUGUGUACCCGGCGUCUGCAAGAAUGGCGGCAAGUGUGUCAACCGCCUGGCGGGUGGUUUCAUGUGCCAGUGUCCAGACGGGGAGUACGAGAAGCCCUACUGCGAGAUGACCACCCGCAGCUUCCCUGGACGGUCCUUCAUCACCUUCAGAGGCCUGCGGCAGAGAUUCCACUUCACCGUCUCCUUUAUGUAAAUCCUCUUUUUUUUUAUUAUCCGCUCUUGUUUCUCCAGUUAAGAUAAAGUGCCGCCCUUUCCCUCGUGGCUUUGUGACUAAUCAGGAUAAAGUAUUUAACAUAACACCGAUAAACAGUCAUUUCAGUUAGUUAAGUGUGUCACUUUGGGCACGCUCAGACACGUCCGCUCGUUUCUGUCGUGUCUCAGCGACCUCCUCUUGAUGCACACAAGCUCAGACACAUACAGCAGGAACAAUACUCAAAAAAUCAGUUACAAUUAAUAAUAAAUGAGGAGCCUUUGACACUGAAACUAACCAUAACAACAUAACAAAGGUGAGUGAAGUUUUUUUAAUACGAGUUCAGGCAGUGAUGGUGGGAAGAGAUUGCAGAGCGGUGAAAACAGGAAAAGCUCUCUGAUGACUUUCUUUUAUCAGUGUUUGGCUACGGCCAUCCUGACUUCCUGCCCCGCUGACCUCACUAGCAUCUGCCGGCUGACUCCGCUGCCCUCAUUUUACGUUAAUAAAACACACACAUACACACACACACACACACACACACACACACACACACACACACACACACACACACACACACACACACAUAGCUCCAUACAGGAGCUUUGUACACACUCGUGAGCAGGUUGUGGCCCAUUAACCCAACUUUUCACCAUCACACACACAUGGGUCCACUCGUGCAUCCUGCUUUCCUUGAAUUUUUUCCCUCAAGAGCUCCACUGACCUUUCAAAAUAAAAGUAUCUGCAAGACCUUCAGUUUGUUUGAGUUGGAUCUGUAUUAAGAAAGCUACGAAAGGGGAUGAGGGCCACAAGAAGAGAAAAAAUAAUAAUAACAUGAGGGAGGUUUUUUUUAAUUUCCAUUCGGGAAUAAGGUUAAAAUUUGAAAAAACAUUUCAACUUUUUUCAUGUCAACUCUAAUCUCGAAAUUUCGACUUAAAACUCAAAAUUUUAAGUUUUUUCAUCUUGAAAUUUCAAUAUUACUUACGACAUUUUGGCAAUACAAUAUUUCGUCAUCUCAAAAUUUUGACUUUAAUCUCGAAAUUAAAAUUUUUAAUCUUAAAAUUUCAACUUUAUUGACAAAAUUUUGUUUAUUAAUCUCGAAAUUUCUACAUUAUUUACGACAUUUUAACAUUUUGUAAUCUUAGAAUAUCAACUUUAAUCAUAGAAUUUCAAUUUUUAAUCUCAAAAUUAUCACUUUAUUGACAUAAUUUCCAUUUUUUUUACCUCGAAAUUUCAAAUUUUAAUCUCAAAAUUUCAAUUUUUAAUCUCAAAAUUUGGACUUUUAUCUCAAAAUUCAGAAUUUAAUCUAAAAAUUUUGACAUUAUUCAUGACAUUUCAACAUUUUGUAAUCUUUGUAAUCUUAUCUCGAAAUUUUGACUUUUUUGUUAUAUAAUUUUAAUUUUUUUAAUCUUGAAAUUUUAACUAUAAUCUCAAAACCUUUAAUUUAAUCUCGAUUUUUUUCACUUUAAUCUUAAAAUUUCAACUUCAAUCUCCUUCCUGUAAUUUUUUGUCUCUUUAUGUGGUCCUCAUCCUCUUUGAUAAAAAACAAGGAAUUUAGUUAAGGGAGAUAUUUCCAAUUUAUCCACAACUGUUGGACUUUAUUUCUCCACUGUGUAAUCUUAAAUAACCUCGAAAUCUAAUCUGUUUCUCUAGGUUCGCUACACGAGAGAGAAAUGCUUUGCUUCUGUACAAUGGCAGAUUCAACGAGAAACACGACUUCAUCGCUCUGGAGAUCAUCGAAGAGCAGAUUCAGCUCACCUUCUCAGGAGGUAAGGUCUCAUAUCAUGUGCAGCUGUUUCUGUCAGUAUCAGCUUCAUUGUAGGAAUACCAUUCAUCGUCUUCGUUUGUAUUUUUGCAAGCAGUGCAAAUUUGAAAUCAUGCAUGCACACGGUGCCCUCAAGCAUGGAUUAACACAUGCACACUCACAUGCAUACACACACACACCUUUAGCUAUUGUUAAACUGGCAACAGUUGGGCUGUAGAUCAAACACUUUUUUUUUUUUUUUUUUGGUGUGGUGACUGUUGUUUUGAAAACCUGUUUACUUUCCCAUGGUACCUCACAGUCAGGGAUCCAGUUUAAUGUGAUUUUGUGCCGUGAAGUUCAUUUAGGAGCAAAGCCAAACUCUUGUUCGGCACUUCAAAUCUGAAAUGUGAUUAAAUGUUACAUGCCUGACUCAUCAUCAUCUGAUUAAAUAACCAGUAUCAUGACUCAUGGUGUUUCUUAACCUCAGUUUCGAACCUUCCUCUGUUUGUUAUUCUCAGCCCUUUCUUUUUCUUCCCCUUUCUCCCCGUCAUCCAGGAGAAACCAAGACCAUAGUGUCUCCCUACAUACCAGGGGGGGUCAGUGACGGCAUGUGGCACUCUGUUCAGCUCCAUUAUUACAACAUGGUAAGGAAUACAAUCGCCUCUUCUGCUCUGCACCCCCACCCAACAGACGUACACAUACACACGUAGAACAGCAGUUAUUGCAAAUCAGUUUGUUGUGAUGAAGAUCAUUGUCACUGCGAUCAUGUUGGGGGGAUAGAAGAAUAGGGGGUUGAGGAUUCAGUCCACGUAUGGUAGAGUGACCAUACGUCCUCUUUUUUGGGGGCUGUCCGGGCUUGUCUGGCUUUGUCCAGGGAAGUUUAUAAAAUCCUUCAAAUGUCUGCGGUUUUGGACGAGAGUAUUGAUUUUGUGUCACAUGGGCUUACUGAGUUAGAAGUGCAUGAAAGACACUUGAUCCGUACCAAAAACUCUCAAAAUUAACUUUUUGCAACUCCGUGACUCCGCCCCCGCGUGUCUUCGUGUCCUCUUUUUGGGAAGUCAGAAUAUGGUCACCCUACCUAACAGAUGCUAAAAAGGAUGAUUCUGUCUUUUGCAGUUCUGCAGGCUUCGCUGAAGAUGCAUACUUGAGGUACACUUGUACUCAGGGUGAGGCUUAAGGAGAUGUAGGGGCUGAAUUCACUGUUGUUGGGUGAUUGUUGAAAAAAUCUUCAGUCCACAGACACUGUUGAGUCCAAAGUCCUGCAGUUUGCUGACCAGCCUAUUAGGAAUAUUGGCGUCGAAGGUGGAAUAGCAACCUAACACAAUUCCCCUUCCACAGUAUGGAGGGUGUUGUUUAUGCUUUUCUCUAUGGAUCUGUUCACCUAGUACGUGUUCUGAUGCUGAGGGUGGAUUUGAUUUAUUCCAGGAUUAUUCUUUCAACAAAAGCAACCAGGAAAUACUGUUGCAUGCUUCAGUUCAAAUGUUGGAUAAGCAAGUUCAGAGCAAGCAUGGAGGUUAAAGCUGUUAUGAGGAUGUUUGUCAAACAGACUUAAAUUCAUACUGGUGCCUUUUCAUGAAAUCCAAAAGCAAACAAGACCAUCAGCGGCUGUAUUUCUGAAUUUCUUACUGUAGCUUUAAGAGCAGAAAACCAGUGUUAGGGGGAAGCUGUUAGUAUUUAAUCUAAAACUGUCUUUAAAUGAAUACUUAACACAUUAUAAAGCAUUUUUUUCAUGACUUACAAGGUCAGGUAUAAUAAUGUGUUAUAACUUUUAACAACUCACUGACAAUGCCCACAUAGAUAAUGCAUUAUGCAUGUAUUUAUGUGUUAUAGUUUGAUUAUAAACUUGUAUAACUAUCAUUUUAAACACUCAUUAAUUAUCAUAAGGGUGUAUAACAAUAAGCAUAAAACAUUAUAAUACCUACCUUGCAAGUAAAUGCUUUCUAAUGCUCUUUGAUUAUUGCUAUACAGUAUUAUGAUCAUUUAUGAAUGUUUAUAUCUAUAGUUAUACAGUUCUAUAACGUGAUUAUAACACAUUAUACAUAUAAAUAUAUAAUGUGUGAUAGAGAUAGGCGUCAAGUAAAGUGUUACUGAAAUUCUAGUUUAUUUCAGUCAGUGUUAUUUAAGACAUUCCCACGAUAAUCUAAUUGCUCCAAUUCCAGGAAAUAGACAGUGAUUAUAGCCCAACCUGACUCGUGUUUCCACUUUAAUUGCAAUAUUAUUAAGGCUUAAAUUACAACAAACUUCCAGAGCCUGUAGACAUAAAUUUACAACUUUUGAAACUGACAGGAAAUGAUAUGAAUAACCUUGAGAAUGUGUAUAUCCUUCAGUCGUGUCUGAUGACUGGUCAGUACGAGUUUAACUGAAUGAUAUUCUGCCGGAAGUUGAGUUUUCUGAUCACUUCUAUGUUCGCUUUAUGAUUGUGUUUGUGGGCCGAGUACACAUCUUUGCUCGAACUUUCUUUUGCACCAUUUCUCCCUCUUAUCACUCGAUAUGUCGAAGCGUCACUGGCCUGACUCAAGACUUCCAGGAUUGUAUAGAAGCGCUUGUUUCACGGCCUCACACUAACCCUCACUAUCACUACAGACCGUCUAAGAUUUCAGCUGGUCACCCAUUUUCGUGUCAACCAGCUGCGCAGCCCGUGGCUUAUUAGGUUACCUCUGCAGGGAGGUAUGAAUCAAAGGCUGCCGAAAUGUACUAUGUAAGUUGAAAGGUCACCACUGUGUCUAUGCUUUGAGUUUAAGUCGCUGCAAGGCUUCGAAAUAUCAAAUGUGGGCGCUGAAAGUUCCUGUGUGUUUUUUUGUUCUCUGGGAGGCCGUGUGCACGGACAUCUGUGAUACACAUAGUCUUUUGCGUGUGUAAAUCAUGUAAACACGGGGGGGUAUAUGUGCGCCAACAAUGUCAGUCUUCAUGGAGUCCAGUGAUUUGCAGAGCAGGUGACACAUUCCAUUGAAUUUGCCCGUGGCUGCCUGUAAGCCUGACAAAGUAUCGUCUUUUCUUCAUGUGCUGAAUGAUUUGAAGUUGGAUGGACUGAUGGUAAUUUAAUCCCAUGUCAGUUGCUGGAGGGAUUAGUGGAAAUGUAUAUAGCAGAGAGCGGUAAUGUUCUCACAAUAGAUAAGAAAAGUUGACAUGUGAAUGUAUGGGCAUGAGCGAAGGCACACCUAAGUCAUCCGUGAAUAAUAGAGCGCGCACAUUUGUCUGUCGAGAGCAUUCAAGCUGUGGUUUGAACUAGGUUCAUGACAUGUACUCUCACACAUGCAUAGACUCUGAUGGUUUGUGUAUUAUCGUCCAUUCAAUUACUCCAUUCAAUCUGAGAACGAAAAACGAAAAAAACGAGUCAAUAUUCUGUUUAUUUGUUUUUCUGUAUAACCAAAAAAUAAAAAUUUUGUGUUUGUUUUCGUGUCUUUAGCUCAAAACAGAAUAUAUAAUAGAGAAGGAAACGCAAACGAAAUAAUAAAUCUUAUUUACAAUAAUUGAUUUUGAGUGCACCUGUUUUUAGCAUACGUGCACGGAGGCUACAUUGGCCUUCCCAUGAUCCUCAGCGACAGUUACCAUGGUGAAAGAUGCGACAGAGCGGUUCGAGCACCAAAAUCUUCCAUUGUAACAGAGAUCCCUCCUGGCGGCUUUGAAUAAUAUGUAGGAUGCGUCCGUCUCCAUGACAGCAGGUUAGCCUUUCUCUACUGCUCUGGCCUGGAGUUUUUGGUCCACGUUGUUGGCUACUUUGUUGCGCAAUGCGCAUGUGCGAACAGUAGAAAGGCACCGUGGGAAAUGGGGACAUCAAUAACCCGAAAACGAAAAGUAGAUUAUUAUUUUGUUUUCAUUUUCAUCUCAAUUAUAUAUUCUGUUUUGAACUGAAAAUACGAAAACAAACACUAAUCUUUUAUUUUUUGGUUAUAUUGAAAAACAAAUAAACAAAAUAUUGACUCAUUUUUUCGUUUACUAGAUUAAAUGGAAUAAUUGAAUGGACGGAUAAUACAUGGACCUCUGAAGCAUACCAACAGCCACUUUUCUUUUCUUAUAGUUUAAGUCCCGACCGAUCAUUUUUUUUCCUACUUUAAGUGUUCUCAUUGGUCUUUAAAUUGUGAUUAUGAAGUUUUUAGCCCAAAUCACAUUACCUGUGUCAUUUUCAAGGACUUCUUCUGCAGAGCUCCAGUAGCUCAUUAGCAAUUCACCUCUGAGUCGUGGGCGGAGACAGCGCUGCUCUGCACGCUCGUCUUCACGUUAGAUUGCAGCCUAAAAUUGCUGGUGUAGUAGAAGUGGCAGGUAACAGAGGAGCUAUUCAGCUCUCUGACACUAAUGUCUUUUGGGACACAAUGAAAGCUAAUAUCAUAAUUAGCUUUCUUACGAGCUUUGCAAUCUGCUAACGCACAUGCUUGUUCCGCGAUCGUCCUCUCUACUUUUCCGAGUCUGGCCUGCAUAGCGGGGCUGCAGGGGCGGAGCUUGGAUUGGUUACAUAUGACGUCUCACUGUUUCUGAACUUGCCAUUUGGGUCUGCCAGAGAUUCACAACGAUUUGAAUGUAGAAAUACUCGGAAAAGCAAUUUCGCAUUUAGUUUUCUCAUGGUAUGUCCUGUAGCACCAGAAAAGUGCCAUACUAACAUUUAAAAAAACGAGAAAAACAUGAUUUUCUUCAGAGUGGCUUUAGAGAGAGUGCUUGAUUCUGCAGCCAGUUUGAGCACAAUACUGUUUUGAUUCUUAGUUUCAAAGAACUUAGCAAACCUUUGUAAGACCAACUGGUCGACAUUGUACAUUCUCAAGCCGAUGCAGAUUGAACCCCAGUUGCUUUUCAACGGUCUUAACGGCACACUCAUGCAACGCACGCAUGGAUGCUGAUUUAUUGGGUCAAGAUAAUGAGGCGGUUGAAGCUGUGCCUCCUUUUAAAGCCGCUGCCCUGGCUGGAAGAGCGACGGUGCCUCUCCUUAAAAACAGAGGUUAAAGGUUGCGAGGGAGUUGGCAUGACAACAGACGUGGCCUUGCCAUUGUUGCAAUGAUCUGGGUCGGUUGGACAGCUAUGUGUACAAGUGUUUGCAUCCAAGGGGGUCAGGCAAAUAGGAGGCUACUCAGUGUGUGUGUGUGUCUGUGUGUGUUUCCUCUGUCUGCGAUGUGUGCCUGUACUGCUCAUAGAGAUGCAGAGGAGAGAUUUUUGAGAUUCCACGGAGUGACGUCUGAAGGACAUUUGACUGUGACAAGCAAGGAGGCAAACUGUGACGGCAAACACUCUCAUGCACACUCACAAAAGCUCAGUUGUAUCUUGAACUUUUAACCUUCUUUCAAGUAUUGUCACGAUAAAAUAGUCCCCCUCCUGCAGACAUAUCAUGCGUUAGUGUAUGAAACAUUGCUAUCUUGCAGCUUAAUGCCACAUACAUUAAUUCUGUGACCAUAAAAUCUGCAUCUAAGUUGCAGGGACAGAAGUAAGACUCUUCUGAAUGAGCUCCCUUUUCUAUCCUUCAUCCUCACUCUGGUGUUGUUUAUAAACCAGGACCUAAAUCAUCAGGACUUAAGUGCAAAUGACUUCACAGAGCAGCUGGAAGUGCUUUACAUAUUUAUGUAUAUUGUGUGUCUUGUUCUUUAUUGGUGGACUGCUGAAACACUCAGUGUAACCUCCUCAAUCAGCUGUAUUUAGAAAUAUGUCUGAGUUAUUUAAACAAGGACAUACAGUAAGUGCAGCAUCAUCGUGUUUAGAUUAUAAUUUUGAUUUUGUUUCUACAUAAAAUGUCAUUUUACAUUGAUCGGGGCACUUUUUGGAAAACUCAUACUCAGCCUAUACUGGCGCCUUUACUAACUAUAAAGCAGUGCCCCUAAUGGACUGUCUUUUCAGGGUUUUGGAUCAUAGCAACACAGAGAACAACACAUUUCACAGCUCUAGAGUUUUCCUUAGUAUUUGCAAAGACAUGAAGUGUGGAUUUGUGUGUUUUUCCUCUGCGAGGACUUUUCAGAGAAUUUAGGGUUGGCACUUUUGGAGGUGAAGCACCAAACCUGUAAAUUCUUCAGCAGGAUAUGUUUUGAGAGGAAGAGGCCGUGUUAUUCUUGGUCCUUCUUGACAAUGGUAGUCGACACCUCCAACACUUAAGGUCAUCAUCACGCUCUACUACACACCAAAUACGUCUGAUCCGAUCCGCUUUAUUUUUAUAGCACAUUAUUUUGAAAAAUAAAGUGCUGCACAGUAAGACAAAAAGCUAAAAUAGUAAUUAAAAAAUCCUAAUUAAAACAGAAAAUACAUGCAGCAAUGAGAGCCUGAUAUCUUGUUUUUUGAGGAGGUAAAGUGCAAACAGUACAGGCCCAAGACUAGAACCUUGGAGUACACCACAUGGGAAGCAUGAAGAAGACGAUACAGAACCAACCCUAGAGUUUGACCUCAAACCUUCUCUCUAUCUCCACUGUAACACACAAAUCCUUUUUUAUAUUUUACUGGCAUUUUAUUGCAUUUCUCUACCUUUGAUGAAACGUAGAAGCUGUUUUUAGCCUCUUCCUGUGUGUUUGUAUUUCACAGUGUGAUAUAAAUGUGCCAGAGAGUGUGUAUCUGAGGUAGUCAGAGAAAUAUAUUUAAAAUGUGGCAGAAGAAACCCACUUGUUUGCCCACACAGACAAUUCAAACAUCCACAGAAAAUACAGUAAAUACCUGUAACUGAACGGAUAACCUGAAAUAUUUGAUUCGUCUGAUUACGAUCAACAUUUUUGAGCUAACCUAACAACAGGAAGUUACAUAUAGUGUGAUAAUCCCCCAAAUUUAGGCCAUCAGAAUAUCACAAUUGACAUACUGAGAGUCUCUGUUGUGGGCUACAGGUCUAAUGUGGUAUCCCUCUCUCAUGGUGUUUCUCUCCCAGGAAGGGGGGAGUCUGAUGGACUCCAGUGGAGCUCUGCGGCUCCCACUCUAUACUGCCUGGCUGGAGCUCAAUCAGAAGGAGGUAACCUCUGACCUCUAGCCUAGUCCCCACUGGUGCUUUUCCCCCCUGGGGUCUUAUGUAGGACUUGUCCUUCUUCUAGUGUAGUCUAGUCUAACUCUGUUGUCAGGCUGACCACGGAUAUGCAGAGGUGGAAGCUCUCUUAUUUAGACCGCCUUUGGUCUGGUGUGGACCUAAUAAGAGGAGACUUGAGUCGGUUCUUUGGUUUGCUAGUUGUGGUCUAACAGUUGGAGGGAUGUGGUAUUUCCAGUGUGGUCUUUCUUUUGUGUGUCUGUCUUGUUCUGUCUUCUUGGUCAAGUUAGGAUUUUAUGUGCUGCUCUUGGUCUGGUUUCAAAGACGCCCCAAACACAUCAUGACUGUCUCACAACUAAGAGGUUCCUGGUGAAGUUUUCCAACAAAACAACCACAUUUUAAUUAUUUUAGAAGAAUAAUAAAAAUAAUAAUAUGAACAGAAAAAGAAUGACUUGGAGGUGAAUGUGGUAAAAUAAUUGAGAUUAUGUUUGUGUGUGAUUUUACCGAAGAGGAGCAUGUCGAGAAUGAACUGUAGAGGACCAAACACCCAACCCUGGGGGACACCUAAAGUGAAAGGGGGGCUGUUGAGGUGGAGCAGUUGUUGAUAUGGAUGGAUUGUUGUCUGUAUGAAGGAUACAACCUGAACCAGGACAGGACAGGGAUCUUGUGGUGCGGUUGAUGGUGUCUGACGGAGUCUGAGGACGGCUGAGCUAGCUUGUCCAGAUCAUUCGAACAGGUUAUUGGCGGCGAGAUAAGGACAGAGUAGAGCAGAAACAACAGGUUUUUUGAGCUUGAGUGCAGAACUGAUGAUAGUGAUGAACGGGAGGAAACUCUUUUGCAUUUCUUCAAUCAAAACUUUAAAAAGGAGGUCCUCUGUUUCGAAUAUGGGAACAUCUAAGUUCAGUAGCAUGCAGUCACCCUCUGUUGUUUAAGGUAUGGGUGUCACACUGUUGGCAGAGAUGCGCAGGUAUCAUGUAUCUCUUGUAGGCUGGUGAGGAUGCACAGACAACCUUUUGCAUGAAUGGCAUUAAAUUAAAUGACCCAUGCAUUUUCCUCUUCUUCUUCUGCUUACUAUUAGCCGUUUAGAUGCUGUUUUUUCGUUGACUUUCGUAGAGGAUUCAUACCGUCGCCUCUUUUUGAGUCCUUUGCAUUUAUUUCUUCAGCCACAGUCCAUAUGUUACACUGAAAGCUGAAUAGUGAUGAGAGGAUGAAGACAGCAGUAACAUAUAUGCUUGAUCACCGGGCUUUGUCGCUCUGUGUAAGUCUUCAGGGAGCUUUGUGUGUGUGUGUGUGUGUGUGUGUGUGUGUGUGUGUGUGUGUGUGUGUGUGUGUGUGUGUGUGUGUGUCUGCGCGCUCUUGAUAAAUUCACACUUCUAGGUUUACAGCGCCAGAAGGCAGGUGAUGUAAUGCGGACAUGACAGCCUGUUGCUACCGAUGGGAAGGUCGGACACACUAUAGCUUGUUCAUGACUGGGCCAAAAUCAGCUCUACACACACAAACACAUAAACACACACACACUUUGAAGAGAGUACUUACAUUAGGUGUCAGGUCAGCACAUUCUUUAAAAGCCUAAUUGUCGUGCGGGAGUCUGAGAAACAAUCGAAUUUCCUCAAGUGGCCCAAACAAAAUACAGACUGCGCGCCCUCUUUCCUGCGUUCCUACAAAGAAAUGUGUUUGGCCGUCUGCAGCCCCACGUGUCACUUCCUGCCUCACACACACACACACACAUAUUUAGGCUGGCUGUUUUGUCGCUCAACACACACACACACUGAAAAGCGUCAUUUUUAUUUACUCAUUUACUUUUAGCUCCUCUGUAUUUGAAACAGUUGGAAUUAAUGGAAAGUGGGAAACUGUUUUUAGAGGAAAAAGCUGAAACAGGGAGUGGUUGUGUGACAUAUGCCCUGCAUGUUGGAAAAAUCCGCUCUGUUCAGAUCCCACCUGGCCUGAAAUAGAGGACGCUGCAUCCUUCUGUCGCCGCUUUCUGUCCGUCUGCCAAUUUUUUUAUUGUCCGCUUCUUCCACUCUCUUAUUUCUUGUCAUUUCAUCCCCCUAUUUUUGUCUGUUGCUCUUUCUUCUUUGUGUUUCACCCUCUUUUUUCUCUCAGCCCCACCAGUAUCUCAUUACUUUAUUCCUGUUUCAGAAGACAACACAUGUACACUCAUUGCCUUUCUGUGUCUUAUUUUCCUUCUGCUUGACAAAUUCACGUUAAAGAUAUGAAUUUUGUCGGUCAGUAAGUUGUUAAAAAUGUUUAAAAAGUUGUUAAAAAUAUAAUGCGUUAUAGAGAUAGGAGUCAAAUAAAGAGUUAACCCAUUUAUAAAUGGUCUAUUAACCAGUUAUAAGUUAUAGUUAUUGUAAAGUGUUACUCCUUCUGCUUCAGGGUUUAAGGCCACUAUUGUUUAGGAAACACGGCCUUGAACUUUGUGCUCAGGUUAAAUGAAGAAAAAGAAACUUUAACUGGGCCUCCCGUUUCUCUAAGCUGAUUCACAUUUUCUCAGAUCAACAUUUGUCGGCCAGCAGCCUUGAUGAAGGAAUUAGCCUACUUUGUAAUCAUCGGGUGCGAGCUACCGCACAAUAGGCUUUUUGUCACGUUAAGCCAAGAGGGGCCUGUAAACUUCGAGUCAGCUAAAGUCAUAUUAUUUCAGUCAAGAACAGCUGCUUUAGAAAGCUGGGCUUCCUCUCGCUGCAUCGAAAAAGACACAAAGAAAACAAACAUGGUAGAUUUUUAAUCAGUGUAGCUGAUAUCUUUAGAUUUUAAGAGGCGGCUGAGUUUGUUUCUUUAAAUUUGGAUUUAACCCUUUAAUGCCUGAAACCAAAAAUUAUGUCCAAAAAAUUCAAUUUUUUUGGAGCUGAAAUGUUUAUUUUACUUACUACUGAAAACCAAAAAAAUCAAAAUGUUUUUAAAAUUUAUCAAAUAUAUUUAUUUAUCUUGUUUGAUACAUUGGAUGUUUUUGGAAAUUGACAAACUACAAGAGGACAUUUUUAUCAUUCAUCGGACUAUAUUAAGGUGUUAUUUAGUAAUUUGUUGAUCAUAUUGAUUUGAUAGAAGAAUCGUAAAAGUAUGUAUCAAAUAUGAUACAAAAGGUAUUAAAGGGCUACGUGUUUUAAAUAAUAUUCUGUUCAUUUUCCAGCCAAACAUUGGCCGUCUGGGUAUCCCUCAUGGACCCUCUGGAGAAAAGGUUGCCGUGGUCGCCGUGGAUGACUGUGAUAUCUCCAUGGCGGUUCGCUUCGGAAAGCAGAUCGGGAACUACUCCUGUGCCGCCCAGGGCACCCAGACUGGACAGAAGAAGUAAGCUGAAGUCUUUCUUUCUCUUUCCCUUAUCUCUUAUACUUUCUUUUAACAUCAUCACGUAGAAAUGAAAGAAAUAUUUCCAUAAAGUGGGAGCAUCUUCUUUACUCUGAAGCAAAUCUGUAAUCUGGUCUUCCUCCUGAUGUUAACCCUCCACACUUCAAAACUUACAUAAUCUGUUUACUGUGUUUACCGCACAUCAAUUAGUUUAAUUUUUAUAGCACACACAGUUUUUUUUUUCCUUCGGAGUAAAGCGUGCUGAGACACAUUUGUGCAGAGGGUGUGGGCUCGGAAAAGAAAGAGAGAGAGAACUUCAAAGUGGAGUUAAUGAGGUUACAUUCCUCGGAGAAACUUGUUGCACAGGUCACAGAGAGUGAAAAGUGUGUUGAGGAUAUUUUUACUGUUUCCAACCAAUUGUUACAACAUGACCAAAACACAGGUGAUAACUGUCCGUGAUUUAAGGGGAUUAUCGACACAGCUCCGGGGUCCAAUAAAGCCGGUUUAUGGAGUACUACUAAAGCGGCUGUGGUUGCAUAUUGUCUCUAAAGUAAAUUAGCAAACAAGGCUACAAAAGUUAAAUGUGAAAUCUGAAAGGAAAGAAGUUUAAGUGUAGUGUGGCUUUAUUAGCAGGGACGCACCAAUAAGAGACGCUAGUUUCACUCUGACUAUAACCCACAGACACCAAAUGCAGAUACAGUGACAGUACAGUUGGAUGUGGGAGGGGAAAAGCCUUUCAAACUUGUGGUUAACAUUGUAAAUGGGCUGCACUUUGUUUGGUUAAGAAAACUGUGGUCUGAGUGAAUGGUGCACUUAGAUACCUGCAGGACCCAUUGUUCGCCCACAACAGUAAGCUUUGUAAUCUACCUCUAUACAACAUGCAGUAACCGUCUUUGACGCAGCACUUUUGCACUCCAUCAAUCUGUAUUUAUGUUGACGUCAUGGUUGACGAUCUAAGAAGCAGUUGAAAAAAACUGAGCUGUCGAGGCAGAUUUGAGGCACACAAACCUCUCCCCACUGUGCUCCACGAUAUCUUCCCCCUGAGUCGCCCUCCCCAUGACACACCCCCUCUCGCAGAGCAAGAAGCCGGCCAGCAGAAGAUCCUACGCUAGCUUAAAAUAGGAUUCACCAUGUUGGAUGGCUAGUGAGUAGCGGCAGUAAACACCAGCUCAGCUCUUCUCUUCGACUCUGCCCUUUCCUCUGUCGGCUUGUGUUUGUCUAGCGGUGGGGCAAGCAGAAGUGUUUUUUUCGCGUCCUUCUCCAUAACAGCUCCUGUAGCUAAGCUGCUACGCUACUUUUAGCCGCUCAGAGCUCAGAGGAGUUCCGGGAGAGUGGGAGGAGAUGAGUCAGAACUACAGGAGAGGGGUGUGUUGAAUACAGCGAGGUGAUUGGAUGGAGAGGCAGAGCAGGAGAUUGACCAAAAGGAGCUGUCCGGGAUUGAUGGCUCCCAUUGGUCAAUGUUUUUGCAGCCCUGCACCUGCUAGGGUGAACAGAUUUUUUCCAUUCUUAUUUCUCUUCACUUUGUGGAGAUCGCACUAAAGGACCAUAAUCGCCAUAUAAACGAGGUUCAUAAUAAUCACCAACCUCUCCAAUCGUUAACCAUGCCUUAAAGUGUUAUUGCAGGAUGCUUUAAGAAAAGCUGGUCUAGACCGUACUCUAUUUAUCUAAAGACCCAACAUGAAGGAUUAUUUCACAGGCUGGUCAUUUCUGUCUUCUUCUACAGGUCUUUGGACUUGACAGGACCGCUCUUGUUAGGAGGAGUCCCCAACCUACCUGAGGACUUCCCGGUCAGGAACAGAGACUUCAUGGGCUGCAUGAGAAACCUCAGCAUUGACAGCAAACCCAUCGACAUGGCGAGCUACAUCGCCAACAACGGCACCGAAGCAGGUUAGGACAGUAAUAGUUUAAAGGUGAUAAAAAUCAAAGUGCUUAAAUUCAAAUCUGACCUGUUUGAAUCGUCCUCCAUCUUUGUAUUUCUUCUUUCCAGGUUGUCCAGCUAAGAGAAACUUCUGCAUCGAUGUGGUGUGUCAGAACGGUGGAGUUUGCGUCAGUAACUGGGACACCUACACCUGUGACUGUCCCACUGGGUAUGGAGGCAAGAACUGCGAACAAGGUACGAUAAGUCUCUUCCUGAUAAAACGGAUAAAAGCUUUUUUGUUUUUUAAAUUCAGGCUCAUAUGCAGGUGUGUCUCUCUGCGAAUGUUCUGUUUCUACUUGCUCCUGUAGGGUUUUUUUUUUCUUAUAAUGGUAUUUACCUACAGUAAGUGUGUGUAGCUCAUGUGUGUGUGUAUAUCCCGAUCUUGAGUGAAUCAGUGUGUUUGGGAGAUCAAAUAGGAUAAGGAGCACCUCCCUUAAAUCAGUGUGACUCACCUGGUAGUCACAAUGACUCUGCUCACUACUUAGAGACACCAAGCCUGGGCCAAGGUCUGCAGAUUUCUAAAGGAUCAGACAAAAGCUAGCGAGCAGCCAUCAUCACUGAAGUCAUGUCCCUCUAUAGUAAAGAGAGAAGACAGAUUUUACGCUUUAGGGCAAGAUUCCAAACAAUGUGCGAAGGUGUCGAUACCUCUUCUCGCACCCUUGCCUUUGAGAUAGCCAAGCAGCUAGUGCCAGGUCCCGGUAUCCAGUAUCUUAACUGGGCCUCGGUCAAAGCAAACCGAGGACGAGUUUUGGCUUCGAUGUUUGUAGUUGACAUAUUUGGUUUGAGGCUUUUUACACGCGAGAAAAGAGAGAUUUGAUAUGGUAGAUGUAGAUCACCUCGACUGACAUGAAAGGAGAAAACAUCUAUCGGUCUAGUACCAGCUGUUUGGUUCUUAAACGCUGGUAUUUCAAUGAUUCUGAUUAUUUUUAAUCUUUUUUAAUCGUUCUGUUUUUGUUUCUGUCUUGCGCAGUGAUGCCGUCUCCUCAGUUCUUCGACGGCCAGGCUCUGGUCUCCUGGAGUGAGACGGACAUAACCGUUGCGGUUCCCUGGUACAUGGGCCUCAUGUUCCGCACCAGGCAGCCGGCUGGUACUCUGCUGCAGGUUAAUGCUGGACCGUCAUCGACCAUCACUCUCAUGGUACGUCACAGCGUAAAUCACACUUUUAACAGCCCACGAGCUCCACAAAAGUUCGUCACUUUAGCGGCUGCCAUGUCGUUGGUUUUCAUCGUCUAGGUGAGCGAGCAGCAGGUUCGUAUGGAGGUGUUGCUGAGGCAGCAGCUGGUGACGUCGCUGAGCUUUUCUCAAGUUCGGGUCAGUGACGGGGAGUGGCACCACCUGCUGGUGGAACUGAGAAGCGUUAAAGAUGGGAAGGACAUCAAAUACAUGGCUGUGGUGUCCCUGGACUACGGGAUGUACCAGGUAUGAACCACCUCACACAGAGACAAGCUUAAACAUGGGUCCAGUCUUCACAUAAAUGCUCUAAUUUUUAAUCUCUGUUCCUUUAAGCAGAAGUCCGCUGAGAUUGGUAAUGACCUCCCAGGAUUAAAGCUGCAGACUCUCCACAUCGGAGGUUUGCCUGGAGAUGGAAACCAUGUCAGUAAAGGAUUCGUUGGCUGCAUACAGGUCAGUGCAAUCUUUGCAUUUCAACAUAACAUUCAUUCAUUCAUUAAGGUCUCUGCAUUGGCUACCCAUCUCUUUUAGAAUAGAUUUUAAGGUUGCUUUAUUGGUUUUUAAAGCUCUUGUUGGCUUUGGACCUUCUUAUUUAUCUGACCUUCUUUUACCCGAUGAGCCAGGUAGAGCCCUCAGGUCUUUAGGAAGUUCUCUGUUAACACUAAAUAAAGUUAAAACCAAGACAUACGGUGAGGCAUCUUUUUUGUUACUACGGCCCCCAUCUAUGGAACAGCUUACCUGAAGACCUGAGGACUAAAGCUAAUCUUAAUGAUUUUAGAAGCAAACUCAAAUUGUACCUUUUCAGUCGUGCUUUUAACUAAUUUUUAUAUCAUUAACUUUGUUCAAGUGUUUUAGAAUUUAUCUCUUUCUAGUUUUAAUGACAGGAUCGUCUUUUAUUGAGCUAUUUUGGUUUUCUUAUUUUAGUAUCUUUUACUGUUAUUUUUAUUUCAUUUUAUUUAUUAUUUCUUAAAUUUUAUUCUUUGUUACUUCGUUCUUAGAUUUUAACCUAAACCUCCAGAGUUUCCCCAUCUUGAGUUUUAAAAUGGUGUUUCCUCAGUGUGCAGAUUCUGUUUCUAUGAAAUCAAGCUCUUUAUGAGCAUUUAAGCAUUUUAAUACUGUUUCUGUUGCAUUUAGAUCAUGGUUAUUGUGUUUGCUCUCUGUUAGGGUGUGCGCAUGGGAGAGACCUCCACCAACUUGGCCAACGUGAACAUGGCUCAGGGCCUGAAGAUCCGUGUUGAAGACGGCUGCAACCUCGCUGACCCCUGUGACUCCAACAUUUGCCCCGAGAACAGCCACUGCAGUGACGAGUGGAGCACGCACACCUGUGUCUGUGAUCCAGGUACUGUCCACUUUCAUGAAAAAAAACAUCAGAGCAGCGACACAUGACAUGCGUGUCUUUGAUGAGGUGAAGUGUCUCUCCUCUCACUCGUCUCCGUGUUUGUUCGGCAGGGUUUUUUGGGAAGGAGUGCGUGGAUGCUUGCCAGCUCAACCCAUGUGAGCAUGUUUCUACUUGCGUCCGCAAACCCAGUUCUUCUCAUGGUUACACCUGUGAAUGUGGACAGAACUACUAUGGACAGUACUGUGAGAACAAGUAGGUUGACGGUCUCCUCUAAUACUGUAAGCACGGUAAUAAUUCUUGUUUCUACAUUGUCUCAAAGCUCAAAAGUACUGUCUCGACUGAGAGGCGGUUAUUUUCCUCCGAUCUUUGACUCCUGUCACACGCAUCAUUUCCUGCCUUGAACAGGAUGUGAGAUUCCCUCGCCACGCCUGACUUCUUCACCAUAGAUGUUUUGUCACUGCUACCCUUAUAUUGUGACUUCUCCCCUAUCAGAUCGUCCCGCUCGGUCGGAGAUUGCAUUUCUCUUUGAGUGGAAGUUUAUUCUUGACUAAAGGCGGUGGACUCUGUUAUUUUGAGAUAUUCCUGAGUGAUUAGAUUUCAGUCGAUUUGAUGCACAUGAAAAAAAAAAUCGUUAUAGGAGCUUUAAUAUAAACACUUUUAUCUCCAUAUGUUUAAGUUGUGUUUAACUCUCUUUAUUGGUUGUAAUAUUUACAAAAGCUGUUGUAAUGAAUGUGUCAUUGUCUGUUAUGUCAGAGUGGAGAGGCCGUGUCCUCAGGGUUGGUGGGGCAAUCCCGUGUGUGGACCCUGCGUCUGUGAUACCAGCAGGGGAUUCCAUAAAGACUGCAACAAGACCACUGGAGAGUGUAACUGCAAGGUAACAAAGACGCUUAACUAGAAAAAAUCUCAUGCUUUCCACGACUUUAUCAGGGCUGUUUCUGAGUUAGACAGUUAGACAUUUGACAUAGUGUUACUUUUAUGACUUUAAAUGAGCAUUUAGAGGACAUAUAAAAACAUGACUUUUCAUAUUUCCCUCUGCCUGGUCUGAGUUGAGCAGCUGUUUAAAGCUCCCGUUAGUAACUUUCAGUUUGUGUCAAUUUUGGCGCCCCCCUGUGGACAAAGCAGUCUUUGCUUUUCUUGCCAUCUGCAUAUUAAAAUAGUUUCUUCAGAUUAAAAUCUCUAACUGCUGUCUUUUUGCCGUCCCAUAUGUAAUCUAUUGUGAAUAUUGGAGUAGGAAAAGCGAAAUCAGGGCAGACACCUACCCCCCGAGCUCAUGUGUGCUCCUCAUCUUGCAGGAAAACCACUACAGACCAGAAGGUGAAGACACAUGCUACCCCUGUGAGUGUUUCUCUGUCGGCUCUGAGUCUCGAACGUGCGACCCCGUCACUGGGCAGUGCCCCUGUAAAGGAGGAGUCAUCGGGCGCCAGUGUAAUCGUUGUGAUAACCCCUUCGCCGAGGUCACUCCUUCUGGGUGUGAAGGUAUGUGAAAACAUCACAGUCCAGUAUUCUUGCAGGAUGAAUUUAGGUCUGAUCUUUGUUUUUUUCUUCUCCUCUUAAGAAAAACCCUGAAAAACCUAACGUAUGUUCUUAUUACUUUUAUUUUCUAUCUAUUUUCAUUCAUUUAUUUAUUUAUUUUGGCGUCUGUGCAGCUGCAGUCAGCCUGGGAACAAAGAUUGUACUGACAGUGAGGAAAAACUUCGAAAAAAAAGUCGGAUAAAAACAUUACAGCUUACAGAGUGAGCCUCGAUGUCAAAGCGGACAAAUAGUGUCACUCACAUCUUCUUGUGCUGUAGUUGCCUUGACUUCGUGUCAUUGUUGCCGGCCAGUCAAGCAGCAGAGGACGGGCCGGCUGGUGGGCCAACUUGGCAGUGGGAAUGCACACCAACAAUAAAGUAGAAAGGAGUGGAAGACAAAGACACGAAAUCCUCUGGCAGAAAAGGAGCUUUUUAUGCUUUCUGUCUAACAUGAUAUGAAGUGAAUUCAAGCCCCAGAAUGUGUUUAGACUUUUAAUCGUCCUUAAUCCUCAUGUGGUAUUUUUGAUCAUGUCACUUUUACUGUGGGAAAAAUACCAUGAAUGCUGAUUUUCACAAAUAUUUUUCACUGAGCGGAGAAAGCUUUUUUUUAUUUAGUCAUUGGGAAAGUGAAAAUGAAACUUACAUACCUCUGACCUGCUUAACACAGCUGGGGAAUUCAACAUACCUAUCUUGUGUUAUUGCAAAAGUUAUCCUCAGGGAAAAGUUAAAAAUGGGGAUAAAAAGAUUUAAAAAGGGGAAAAAACUUUCAACUUUUCUUCGUCUUUCUACUCAGUGGUGUACGAGGGAUGUCCCAAGGCUUUUCACUCAGGCAUCUGGUGGCCCAAGACGAAAUUUGGACGCCCUGCAGCCAUGAACUGUCCCAAAGGAUCGAUCGGUGAGUACUAGGGUUGGGAAUCGAGAAUCGAAAAUCGAUGGGAAUCGGGACUAAAACUUUGAUUCUUCCGGUAUCGUUCAAAUAUUAAAAUUUCGAUUCCAAGUUUCGAUGCCAGAGUCCGCCGACCGGAAGAAAUAGCCGCCGAAAAUCAACGAAGAAGAAGCCGCUUAACACCAAUGAGGACGGAGCGUAUGAGACGAAGACACACAGAGAGAGGAGAGAGACAGAGAGAGAAAGUACAUUGCAACCCACAGCAAUGCAGCCGCUGUGGGUUACAAUGUAAUCUCUCGCUGUCUCUCUCCUCUCUCUGUGUGGCUUCGUCUCAUACGCUCCGUCCUCGUUGGUGUUCGGCAGCUUCUUCUUCGUUGGUCAAAAGUUUGGCUAACUUUAGCAGGAAGAAUGAGCUCUUAUCUUAAUGCAACAUUAGCAAUACAGUUAUAUCAUGCAAAGGAGGGUAAACGACAAACAUGAUUAAACACCUCAGGAUUCAUGGAGGAGAAAUACCCGAGUGCUCGUCUUUGACGCGCUUCGCCGGUGUUGUGUCGUAGAAUGCACCCCUGACGGGAGCGCGGUUGAAAGUACACAACAAGGCGAAACAAUCCAAGUUUUUCUUACUGUUGGACGGAAUCUAAAGCGUGUGCCUUUAAUGAUUUCAUUCAGGCUAUUCAGAUAUGCUGAAAACAAUAGCCCUCUGAUUCGGAAUAUUUACUGUCCUGAAAAUAUUAUGUUCUCUACAUUAACAGCUUACUCUACAGUUUACAUACCCAAGAACACCUUUAUGUGUGCAUUUUUGAGACACAUACAAACAAAACGAAAGUUUACUGCUCCAUUUGACACGUUUUCAUGAUCUAAUACCCGUGUUUUAUUAAAUAUGAAAUCAUAUUUCUUCCACUAAGAAGCUAAUCAGUGGAGGGUAGGCAUUCUACGGCAGGGGUGCAUUCUACAGCACAACACCUGUCUUCCGCUAACCAGUCAGGAUCAGAUAAGUGAAACAAUAAAUUACUUCUGUCCUCUGCUAAUUUUGAAACGGUAAAGAAAUUGAACUGUGUACGGUGAGUAAACUUAAAUAUCCACCUAACGUUAGCCCUUGUACUUUUUCAUAGACAAACGACCUGAAAACAAAAAUUGAUAUUUAUAUACUGGUUGAAAAUAGCUCUGUGAGAAAUUCAUAGUAAAGUUCUUAAAAAGUUAAUAGGAUUUAAAAAUUCAUGGAGAAGUUCAGAAAUUUCAUCCAAAAAGAAGAGCCCCGGUUAGCACCCUCAUUCAAACCAUGCUUUUUUUUUCUUUUUUCUUUUUUCUUUUUGAUAUCCUGCCUUUUAAAAGAAUCGAAUUAGAGAAUCGAUAGGAAUCGGAAUCGAAAUGAGGAAUCGAAAUUGGAAUCGGAAUCGUUCAAAAUCAAAUGAUACCCAACCCUAGUGAGUACUCCAGACUCCUUUAGAUAAAAGUAAUCAAAACUGUGAUCAGUAAAUUUGUUUCCCAGCUUUCUAACUUUCUUAUGCUGCAUUCAAGUUACCUCAGAAGUCAGAUGUCAAAGCUGAAAAUGACGUCACACCAGAGUUACCAGCGUUUCAGUUACCAAGUCAGAAAAAAGCAAAAUCAGAGGCGGAAAUAAAAUGGCCACGAACGUUAUUUUAGCGCUUGUCUUGUUCGAAUACAAGGCAAAAGCUAAAAUAACUUCCGUAGAUGUAGCCAUCUUAUUUCCACCUCUGAUUUUGCUUUUUUCCGACUUUGUAACUGAAACGCUGGGAACUCGGGUGUGACGUCAUUUUCACCUCGGACUUCUGACUUCCGAAGUAACUCGAACACAGCAUUAUACUCUAGCUUUCUUACCAGGCUGCGCUGAACUCUUGAUUCUCAUUGGUCCAAACCCCUAAAUAACAGUUAUUAAAUCUGCAAAGCAAGAUAAACACCAGAGACGACCAGAUCACAAAUGUCAUAUCAAAAUAAUCUGUGAGAAAAUAGUUCUGGCAAAUUCACUGAGUGUCUGCUAGCUUGCUAACUCGCUGAAUGAAGACAAGAGUCAAAAUUUGUUCUACAGAAGUAUUGUUGUGAGGAAGAUGAGAAAUACUUAACUUAAAAGGAGUAUUUGGGUUAAACUUGGCACACAUGUAUGCACUGAUAUUCUUUUUAUUUAUAUUUCAACAGGCACUGCCAUUCGCCACUGUAGCGACGAAAAGGGUUGGUUGUCUCCUGAGCUCUUCAACUGCACCACAGUCACCUUCGCCCAUCUGAAGAAGCUGGUCAGUAAUUUUUGAAAAGUAUUCACUAUGGUCCGCGAGAAUUAACUUUGAAAUGUGGAAGUUUUAUUAACAAACCCCUUUAGAGCCUGAGUGUAACCUAGACCUGACCUCUAUUGCUCACACCUUCCUCCCUUUUACCAGAAUGAAGACCUGCGACAAAACGCUUCAAGAAUGGACAGCGAACGCUCCAAGCACAUCGUACAUUUGCUUCAGAGCGCCACCAAUAACACAGAGCAUUACUACGGCAACGAUGUGAAGACAGCCGCCCAGCUUCUGAACCAUGUCCUGCAGCAUGAGAGCCAGCAGACGGGGUUCAAACUCACCGCCAUGAAGGACGCAGAGUUCAAUGAGGUAGAAAAGAGACACGGACCUUGUCGGUCUUAGAUGGAUUUAAACUUUGAAAUAAAAACUUGACUUUUGCAGAAGAUGUUGUGUUGAAUGCACACUGCCCUCUGCAGGUCACCUCUCACUUCAGUUCUGAUAUGCACACACAUAUUUGGAAAUAAACCAUAAAACACUUCAGUCAAUCUUGAAUCUGCUUUUUCCAGAAUUUGGUACGAGCCGGCAGUGCCUUACUGGAUCCUGAGAACAAGGAGCACUGGGAGUACAUGCAGAAGACCGGAGCAGGUACGGCCCACCUGCUUCGCAACUUUGAGGACUACGCCAACACGUUAGCUCAGAACGUGAGGAAGACCUACCUGAAACCCUUCACCAUCGUCACGGAGAACAUGAGUGAGUAGAGAAGCUGUGUUUUUACCAUGUUUGUUACCAGGACACAAAGUCUCACCUGACUAAUCCUUCUCACCCUUUUUCUGUGGUGUUGUCUAGUCCUUACCGUGGAUUACUUAGAUCUGUCGGACCCGGAAAGAGCGACGUUGCCUCAUUUCAACAACAUUCAGGAGGCCUACCCCAAAGAGCUCGGGUCUACGGUCCACUUCCCACAGUUCAGUCAGGAUCACAGAGGUAGGAACACUGACACAACCAGAGCUUAUUUGUAGUAUUUCUGUCAUGCUGUGAAGCUAAAUGGAAACUCCGAUCUUAAACUGUGCGUCUACGCCCUCCUCGGCAGGGUCCACUCCGGCCGCUUCAGCUCAGACUGAUCCACCGCAGGAUGAGGAUCCACCGCAGGAUGAGGAGAACCAAGUGUUCGACAGGAUUCCUCGACAUCUUGAUCUAGCUGAACCUUUACCAGUCGCAGUUGUGAUAGUUUACAAAUCACUGGGGAAACUCCUUCCAGAGAGAUACGACCCUGAUCGUAGAAGUCUAAGGUAGGCAACUUGCUGUAGUUUUGAAGGUUUACGUGUGAUUUAACCAUUAUUAACCUCUUCUUGUGAAUUAAAAUGGACGAGUCUCCACUUCUGGUGCCGACAUAUUGCAACAUUUAGGAAGGGACCAGCUUGGGAUUGGUGAUUUAAUGCGACAUAAGUUGGUUGACCCUUUUAACAUCCUUGCAGACUUCCCAAUCGUCCAGUUAUCAACACAGCUGUUGUGAGCGCCACGGUACACAGAGAAGGUACUCCUCUCCCUCUCGUCCUGGAACCCCCAAUAAUCCUGGAGUACACCUUACUCGAGACAGAGGAGCGAACCAAACCUGUCUGUGUUUUCUGGAACCACUCGGUCGGGUGAGUUUGACUAAACACGCACAGAUCUUAGCAAAGACAGAGCAACGUUAUCAACUCACGUGUCUGUUUGUCUUUUGGUGCUAGGAACGGGGGAGCAGGCGGUUGGUCCUCUAAAGGUUGUGAGGUGCUCAACAGGAACAACAGCCACAUCAGCUGUCAGUGUAACCACAUGACCAGCUUUGCCGUGCUUAUGGACAUCUCCAAACGAGAGGUAUUACUGAAAAGAUCGUUGAUUUGAGCUUUCGGUUCUGUUUUUUUUUUCACCUGCCUCAUGAAAACUUCACAGAUCUCUCUCUUUAUACAGAAUGGAGACGUCCUCCCACUGAAAAUCGUCACCUACGCCACACUGUCGGUCUCUCUGUUCCUCCUCCUCCUCACCUUUAUCUUGUUGUGCGUCCUGCGACGGCUGCGUUCGAACCUCCACGCAAUUCACAGAAACCUGGUGGCAGCGCUCUUCUUCUCUGAACUGGUUUUCCUGCUCGGCAUCAAUCAGACCGACAAUCCAGUGAGUGUGUUUGUAUUCAGCGGGGAAAAGAUGUCAAAAGUUUGAAAUAUGGAGUCUGCUUACUUUGACCUGAUGACAUAGGGAGUGUCUGACUUCAGCCAAAGACCUGCAGAGAGCUACUCUUAACAUAGUCCUGGGUCUAAUCCGGCUGGUUAUUGACUAACUUCAAGUUUGCAGUGGUUCUUGGUUAAGCAUUGAAAGUUUGCACAUCCUGCGUUAAGUUAUUGUAUAACUUUUUUUCCUGUUCCUGUUCAUGCAGAUAUGUGUUGCUUUUUUGUAAACCUUUGUCCUGGGAGACAGAGAGAACCAGGUCCCAGAGUUUGUCUGAAAAUAUGCAAGACAAACUAUUUAUUAAAGGGAUAUUCUGCUAUAAACUUAAGUUAGGGUCAAACACACUGUAACACUGAGUUAGACACCCCCUCGAGAGAUGAAUGUUGCCGACCACUUGCUUCUCUAGUUAUUCCAACUUUAGUAACGACCGCACGAUAGCAAUACACAGCAGUCUGAGGAGCCAUAAACAAACCUCAACCAAAACGCCACUCUAUAGCCACAAAUAAUGCUCAGAACAGCACCUAACUUCAUCAACAGUACAUAUAGGGUCCCAGCCAUAGCACUAGCCACCAAACAUCUUUUUAGCUUUGCCUAAUUUCUUUAGCAAAUAGACUAAACACAACUCACCUACUCUCUUCCAGCAGCCGCUUGUUUGUAGCGAGACCUCAACGGGGGGACGCAGCUCAAGGAAGAACAUUUAUGAUCAUUUCUUUAUCAUUUCCUUGAACUAAUAAUCACCAUAUUAAUCAUUUUGCACAGCAGACACAGUAGUUCUUCUGCCUUAGCAUUUCGGUCUGAUUACAUUUCCAUGAAGAAAUGUAGUCCAUAAUGGACUGGCCUCAGGUCUCGCUACAAACAAGCGGUUGCUGGAAGAGAGUAGGUGAGUUGUGUUUAGUCUCUUUGCUAAAGAAAUCAGGCAAAAUUAAAAAGAUGUUUGGUGGCUAGUACUAUGGCUGGGACCCUUUAUGUACUGUUGAUGAAGUUAGGUGCUGUUCUGAGCAUUAUUUGUGGUUACAGAGUGGCGUUUUGGUUGAGGUUUGUAGAUGGUUCUCAUAGACCACUGUGUAUUGCUAUCGUGCGGUGAAUUCCAUUUUUGUAGGUAGCUUUGACGCUAAUGUGACGCCAAACAGUAAAACUCUAUUUUUAAAGCAAUUUUAAACCUUCAAAAGAACAAAUAUGAAAAUUAUACGGGAAAAAUUCCUUGUUUUGACACCAGAGUACAGAGACGGUAAGUUACAAGCCCCUGUAAUUGUGCUCUUAUUGCUCCAAACAAACUGCACCCUGCAGGAUUUAGACAGGUACACAAGUGAAGGUUUUAAAUCCUUGAUGUCAUGACAUAAUCAGAUCAUAUUUCAAACUUCAUCUUUUGUUCGUCGAGUGUAAGCGGUGUCUUUUGUCGCUGACAGUUUCAGCUCGGCGAGUUUUUUUUUUUUUUUUCCCAGUGUCAGCUCUGACAAGUCUGGCAAAACCAGGUGUGAAAUCACAUGACACAUCAUGAGAUCAUCUGUCAGGCACUCUUACAACCAGAUGUACAUGUAGACUCCAUUACUGUGGGAAGUGAUCAGACUUACUUGUUCAUGUUGCAAAGUUGAAUCUCAAUCUUUAUUUUGUUUGGUAUAAAGCCUUGGCAAUGCCUCUUGUACACCAAUUUUCAUUUGGAGGCGCUGACAGAACAAUUAGGCCAAGAAAAAAAAAAGGGUACUUAAAAAAAUCUAAAAUAAUGACUACUUUAACUGGAAUACUGGCCAAAGAUAUUAAAACUGCACCAAAAGCUGUCAAAUCAGUCGAUAUUUCAGAUCUCCUCGUGUACCUUGUUGUACUUUUCUUGUGUCUUUUCAUUUUCCGUGCACUGAAGUUAAGUCUGUAGGUACAGUAAGUUAAAAAAAGGAGCAGCGGGUAAUUAAAGUUUCAUUUCUGUCAGCCUCUUUGUGUGUGAGUGUGCACAUGCAUUUGCAUGUGUACGUAAGCAGCUUUAGCCUUCCUGAGAACUGUGGUAUGCUGGUGGUGUGUGCCCAAAGCAAUCUGCCGGAUGAUUUAUAGCCUUGUCAAAGAGGUGUCUCUUGCUCUCUGAUCUCAACAGCAAUUCACACCACGACUUUAAUACAGUGGAGGUGUCAGGGAUAUUCCCUGACAUGCAACAUUCUUCCUGUGCAGCCGCAGACAGUGGGUCACAUGAUCAUCAGUGGCUAAAACGAUUUCAUCAUUUUUGUUCAAGUCUUGAAAUUUUUUAAGAGUUGGUUUAAAAUGUUCCUUUCUGAUAAAGCUGAUAGUUGGAGCUGGUUCAGGUCUAAGUUUGGCUGCUAUAGGUUUAGACUGCCAGGCUUACUGGGACUUGAGGAUCUUUCCCUCCUUCUCCAUCCUCUUUCUGCACCAAUCUGUCCAUCUCUCUCUUUCUUUCUGCAUCUCCCUCUAUCUCCUCUCUAAACCCAAUGCAGUCUCAGCAGAUGACUGUCUAACACGAGUCUGGUCCUGCUCAAGGUUUCUGUCUGUGUCAUUAACUUUGAAUCACCGUGUCCCAAUAGAGUCACGAGCCAAUCUCACCUCUGUCUGUCUCUCUCUUUAUCCUCUUCAAACCCAGUGCAGUCUCAGCAGAUGACUGUCUAACAUCAGUCUGGUUCUGCUCGAGGUUUCUGCCUGUUAACAGUAGCUCUUCCUCUCCACUGUAACUUGCUAAAUGCUGUCAAGUGCCGCACUCAUGUGGUUGUAGUGUGGGUCUGAUCUGACGAAAUAAGGCUCAAUCUGAUCCCUACUGUACAUUGAGUCUUUGUAAAUAGAGUCUGGUCUAGAUUAUAAGCAUCUUGUAAUAACAGUUGUAGUGAAUCGAUGCUAACCAGUACCUCUCUGUUCUUCUCUCUAGUUUGUGUGUACAGUGAUAGCCAUUCUCCUCCAGUACUUUUACCUGUGCACCUUCGCCUGGAUGUUUGUGGAGGGGUUACACAUCUACCGCAUGCUAACUGAGCUACGAAACAUCAACCACGGUCACAUGAGGUUCUACUACGCAAUGGGCUGGGGCAUACCGGCUAUUAUCACAGGUGAGACAAAACAGAGCAGAGUGAUGCUGAAGGAGACGAAGAAGCAGGCUGUGCCAUCGCAGUAAAUGAUGCAUUUAAAACCCUAUGUCUGUGUGUGUAGGUUUGGCUGUAGGUCUUGACCCUCAGGGUUACGGGAACCCAGAUUUCUGCUGGCUCUCUGUUCAUGACACCCUCAUCUGGAGUUUUGCAGGACCCAUCUUUGUAGUUGUGUUGGUAAGUAGAUAAAACAAAAUAUAUUAUAAUUAUACGUUAUAAAAGUCUUCAUAAAUGCGCUUAUGGUGCAUUUACCUUAUGGUGCUUAUGCUUAUGGUGUAUUUUAAAGUCUGUUAAAAUGAAGGAGUCUAUCCAUAUUAACUGUACUGUUAAAUACACGAGUAAAAUGAGAUUCCCUCUUUUUGUCUCUCCAAAAAGGUGAACAUUGUGAUCUUUCUCCUCGCUGCAAAAGCUUCAUGUGGACGGAGGCAGAAGGCCAUGGAGAAGUCUGGAGCAAUGUGAGUUUAUUGAUACUCUCUAUCUAUUGUCGAGUCUAUCGAUACUAUCGAUUCUAUCUAUCUCUAUUGUCUGGUCCUACCCAAGGUUUCUGCCUGUUAAAAGGAAGUUUUUCCUUACUACUGUCACUCAUGUUAGAUGAGAUGGGUCAAAUCUGUCCCAUCUUAGGUUGGGUCUUGAUAAUUCAUCAAACAUGGAGCGUGGUCUAGACCUGCUCUUUUUCUUUGGAAAGCGUCUUGGGAUGAUGACUGUUGUGAAUUGGCGCUAUAUAAAUAAAAUUUGAUUUGAUGAUAUCUGCUGUGUAACUGCGUGGACAUCAAAUAAAACCAGACUGUGGACUUUCUCACCUCAGCCCUGCUCUUCGGAUGGCCUUCAUCCUCCUGGUGCUCAUCUGUGCGACCUGGCUUCUUGGCCUCAUGGCUGUCAACAGUGAUGUGAUGAUCUUUCACUACCUGUUUGCUGUCUUCAGCUGUCUGCAGGUAACUCAGCCCCAGCGGUGUGAUUCUGUAAACUGAAAACAGUCCUGGGAGCAGGGGUAUUAAUCUGUUUUUUACAGUUUUAUGAAGAUCCCUUCGAUGUUAAUAACUGAGGUCUUUUGCCUGCUUUUAGGGAGUCUUCAUCUUCUUCUUCCAUGUGAUCUUUAACAAAGACGUACGGAAGAAUCUUAAGAACUUAUUCACAGGAAAGAAAAAUAUCCCGGACGAAUCCAGCACCACAAGAGCCUCUUUGCUCACAGUGAGUGGACACACAUACGAUUACAGUAUACGGCCCGGUGUUCUCCCGUUUAUGUUUUCUAUCAUGUCGGAUAAUUUCAUAUUUCCCUUCACAGCGUUCCCUUAACUGCAACAACACAUACACAGAAGACGGCGCUCUGUACCGCUCAGGCAUCGGCGAGUCCACCGUCUCCCUCGACAGCACACUCAGGUCAGGCAAGAGCCGUGGCAGCUACAUGGGGUACACAUUCAGGUACAGCUCGCUCACUGACUGCAUGGCUGCUUUGACUAAACUGCUGCAUGACGAGUGUAAAUGUGAGAACAUGUGGAUGUUUCUUCUUUGGUCUUCUUCUGCUCCCUCCUGCAUGUCUGAAGAUGCAUCGAAUGUCUCACAUAUACUCACACAUCCUAAAACCCCUCACACAAGCAGACAGAGAUUAUUGAAGAGGAAAUCAGUUCAGUUGCUUCAUAUUUUCUACUUUUCCUCUCUUCUUGAAUGCUGUGUAAGAAUUGAACUAAUAUCAGUGCGCAUUGCCUGGCACAUGGCUUUAAUGCAAAACAAAGCACAGGUUGGGGUCAGGUUUUAUAUUUUUUCUGUGCAUUUCGAAGUUAAAAAGUUGUUUUUUCUUUGUCCAAAUGAAGUUUAAGUUCAUAUGUUACAAGUCUUAAAAUUCUGGGGUAAACCAAAAUGUUAUCAAUCAAUUUUUAUCCAUAUAGCGCCAAAUUACAACAAGUGUUACCUCAAAAUGCUGAACUAAAACAGACCAAAUGUAAAGUAGUAGACCCACCUUCAUCCCAUCUUCAACCACAUGAGUGUAGCACUUAGCAAGUUACAGUGGAGAGGAAGAACUUCCUUUAACAGGCAGAAACCUCGAGCGGAACCAGACUGAUGUUAGACAGUCAUCUGCUGACUCUGCAUUAAGUGUAGAGAAGGAGAUGAAGAAAGAGAGAGGUGGAUAGAAGAGCGAUUGAUGCAUGUGGUUGGAAAACAGGCAGGUCCAAAAUGUCUGCAGCAGCAACCCAGAGGAGCCUACAACAUGAUGGAGCUCAGAGACUCCCAGAAAAGACUGAGUAUUAGUGACUCUAAUGAGACAUGAGGAUUCAGAGUUAAUGACAGAAACAGGAUGGAAAAGGAGGGGAAGGUGCUCAAUGUGCCAAGCCUUUAGCAGUCUAACUCUACCCUAAAUUUAAAGGGAAGCCAGAGUAGAGAUACUGAUACGGGGGAGAUGUGCUUUCUUCUCCUGGUUCUGGUCAGUCCUCGGAUUCAGCAUUUUGGACCAGCUGAAGAGUCUUUAAAGACUUGUUAGGGAGUCACAGUAAUCCAAUCUAGAGGUGACAAAUGCAUGGACACGUUUUUCUGCAUCGUUCUGAGACAGGUUGUCUUUGCAACAGUUUUGCACUACAGCUAAUUUUUGCAUGGUCAGAGUGACUUUGAGCGUCUGUUAACUUGGAAAAAUGCCUCUUUCUGUUUUUGCUCUGAUCUAUCAAGGGAGGAAUCUGGUCAGAAGCCCAGCAUCUCUUCAGGAACAGCUAAAGGACACACAGACCUGGAUGGCCCCCUGUUCCAUAGAAAAGGCACCAAAGGAGACGGUAGUUGUUAUUUGAUUUUACAUUUUUAUAUAUGCAUGUUGGACUACAUAACUCUGAGAUCCUCUUUGCUGACCUCCUUUAUCUGCCUGACAGACUCUGACUCUGACAGCGAGUUGUCGUUAGACGAACACAGCUCCUCCUAUAACUCCUCCCACUCCUCUGACAGCGAAGACGACGACAUCGAUGUCAAGCCCAAGUGGAACAACGAACGGCAGCCAGUUCACAGCACACCUAAAGGUACAGGUAGUUCUGCUGAGACACUGACAUGGUCUCCUCUGAAAAUAUGGAGCUUAAGUGAUUUAAUGUCGCUGCUUCCUCUACCUCUCUUCCUCAACCAGUGGAGUCAGUGUCCAAUCACGUAAAGCCUUACUGGCCAACAGAAGCCACCACAGCCAGCGACAGUGAAGAUCCUAACGGGGCAGAGAGGUUGAGGGUGGAGACCAAGGUAAACGUGGAGCUACAUCAGGAGAACAAGCUCAAUCACACGGGGGAAAGAGACAGUGAGACUCCCCAGGAGAGGGACAAACAAGCUCCCGGUAACGCCCGAGAUCUUGGAACCACCAGCCCGCCCAACAGCAUCAGCAACCACCAACCAGAGCAGAGAAAAGGUACGUUUACAGAGUUACGUUCAGUACGAAGGAAAUGUUGAGCAGUUUAUGAUCAAUUUUAUUUUUCGUCCAUCUCAGGUAUCUUGAAGAACAAGAUCAGCUAUCCUCCUCCGCUGACAGACAAGAACAUGAAAAAUCGUCUGAGGGAGAAGCUGAGCGACUACAACACCCCCACCAUCACCUCCCCUCUUCCCAUCAACAACAACACCCCCUCUUCACCCCCCUCCUCCAUCAACAUCAUGUCCCCUCCAUCCCAGCUUCCCUCUCUGGCCUCAAAAGAUGGAGGUCACCCAGGCAACCAUGACAACAGCUCUCACGUGAAGACACCCAGCGCCCAAAGGCCUCAUAUACCUGCAGCGCCGGCGAGCAUCUGCAGAGAGACCAAUGGGGGAGUUGCAAUGCACUUGAAGUCGGGGACGGUAAACGGAGGCAAUGAGUCUGACUCAGAGUAAGUAAUCAAUUACUUGAUCAUUAAUGAAUGUCAAAAUCAAACACUAUCAAACGUAAGAGAUAGUGUAACAGCCAGUUUAGUUAAAGGGAUAUUCCGGCAUAAAAUUAAUUUUGGGUCAAACACACCGUAACACCGAGUUAGACACCCCUCGAGAGAUGAAUGUUGCCGACAACUUGCUUCUCUAGUUAUACCAAUUUUGGUAAUGACCGCACAAUAGCAAUACACAGCGGUCUGAGGAGCCACAAACAAACCUCAAGCCACAGAUAAUGCUCAGAACAGUACCUAACAUCAUCAACAGUACAUUUGGGGUCCCAGCCAUAGCACUAGCCUCCAAACAUCUUAUAACUUUGCCUAAUUUCUUUAGCAAAGAGACCAAACAAAACUUACCCACUCUCUUCCAGCAGCCGUUUGUUUGUAGCGAGACCUCAGGCCAAUCCAUUACAAACUGCUGUGGGGUGCCGCAGCUCAAGGAAGAACAUUUAUGAUGAUUUCUUCAUGGAAAUACAAUCAGACCGAGACGCUAAGGCAGAAAAACUACCGCGUCUGCAGUACAAAAUGAUUGAUAUGGUGAUUAUUACUUAAAGGAAAUGAUAAAGAAAUGAUCAUAAAUGUUCUUCCUUGAGCUGCGUCACCCCACUGUAGUCUGUAAUGGACUGGCCUGAGGUCUCGCUACAAACAAGCAGCUGCUGGAAGAAAGUAAGUUGUGUUUAGUCUCUUUGCUAAAGAAAUUAGUCAAAGUUAAAAAGAUGUUUGGUGGCUAGUACUAUGGCUAGGACCCUAUAUGUCCUGUUGAUGAAGUUAGGUGCUGUUCUAAGCAUUAUUUGUGGCUAUAGAGUGGCUUUAGUUUGAGGUUUGUUUAUGGCUCCUCAGACCGCUGUGUAUUGCUUUCUUGCGGUCGUUACUAAAGUUGGUAUAACCAGAAAAGCAAGCGGUCGGCAACAUUCAUCUCUCGAGGGGGUGUCUAACUCGGAGUUGCGGUGUGUUAGACCCUAAAUUAAUUUUACGCUGGAAUAUCCCUGUAAUGCUAUACUUCUGCAGUACCAAAUAUUGCCACAAGGUUGUGCCACCUUUCUGUUCUGGUUUGUUACCCAGAGACUCCAUGUUGUUACUUUGGACCACUAAAGACUCUCAUAAGUGACAAGUUAGUGCAGGUAGUGCCUGUAUUUCUGCUACUGGUGUAUAAUAAGUAAAUAUAAGGCCUAGGGACCGGGCAUGGUAUGGCAGAAUAAAACCACCUAGUCAAAAGUCCCUUCCUGCUAUCCUGGAGCUACAGCUAAAUGCUAAUGACUCAUAGACUGUAUAAUUACAGCUUACCUCCAAGUUAUUCAGAAUCCUCUUAAGCAUCCAGUGAGACCAGCUCAGGUUUCAGGUCUUAUUCAGCAAGACUUUAAAAAGGAGUUAUUCAUCACUAUAAGGCUUUACCAUCCUGAUGAAAUCCUGCAUGAAGACUUCCUGGCCUCCUGUUAAUUCUUCUUUCACUCUCUCUCCUUGUAUCUCCCCAUCCCACAUCUUUCCCUCCUCCUCAUUUUUUCUUGUAACAGCGGCAGCAACGAGACUUCAAUCUGACCUGUCAAGGAAAUGCAGACCAGCCUGUCUUUAUGACAGAAGGAGGAGGAAAUCUGUUCAGGGAGGAAGAAGAAGAAGAAGAAGAAGAAGACAGCGAAGAGGAUGGAAGUGAAAGACUAGGGGGAAAAAAAAGAUGGACGUGUGUUGCAGAUUGAUUGAAAGUGGAGGAAAAGUGAACUCCAUUCUUCCUCCGUAAUCUGCCGGGACCUUCGUUGUGAUUCCUCCCACUGGAGAGCAGUAUUAGUGGUAAACUUAAAGUCUGCCUGAGAUGAGAGAAUAAACAGAGACAAUGAAAAAAUAUGAGAAACAAUAAAGGGAAAGGUAGUUGGUCAUACAGUGGAGGAUACAAUGGAGUCAUGUGUGCCAAACCCAGUGCAGGGUGUGGAGAAGGAAAAGUCAGAAAAGUCCCUGCCAUGAUGCAUCGCACACCGCAGAGUCUUGUACUUCUGCUGAGUUCUGCGGCGGCUCAUCGCGUCGCCCCGUCGAUGCAUAAAGUAAAUGGACAGCUUCUCCUGAAGAAAGGCAGAUGCAUCAUUACUGUGCAUGAACACAGACUAAAAUUCGCACUAAUGCAUUUACAGUCCUAAAGGAUUUCAAGAACUACACAAACUCCUUUAACAUGUCUGAAAAUCCGACUCAGUCUGUCCGAUAUGAGUUUUGGAAAAAAACCUACAGGGGCAAUUACACAAAGUGCUCUUUUCCUUUGGCUUCCUUAGCCUCUCAAUGCAGUGCAUUUAGAGUGUAGUUUAUCAGUCGAUAUCACUAAAUGAUUAAUUAUUGUUUUCAGAUGUGGCAAAGACAAGCUUUUAAACUUUAAGAGCAUGUUGCCCACUUAAAGUGACGGAGUGUUUUAGUCAAGAUAAUCACUGACAUGCAGGUUUCAUCACUGGAGAAUAAUCUGCACAAGAAACUGACGCAAAACAAGACAGAUUUUAAUUUUUAAGUGUCCGAAAGUGUCUGAACACACUGAGCUGAGGCGCCUUAAUAAAGUGAUCCUGACAAAUAACCCUCUUUGGAAACUUUGUUUUCAGUACGAGCACUAUGACUUCUAUUCAGUCUGUUCAUCCACUGCUACAUACCUCUGGUUACCAAAGUCCUGUAAAACAGUAAAUGUGCACUCUCAGGUUGGAGUUUGUUCACUUUCCAAAAUAGUUGGGUUUGGAAGACAUUGUUUGGUUUUUGAUAUAAAAUAGUAAAAACUGCGUAGGACUUUUUAACAAUUACAAAUGUUUUUAUCCAAACUUGACACUUUAAACAAGUCUUUUCUGUUGCUAAAUCCCCGAGUUUAACGUAGAAAUGAUGCCACUUCUCUUCUAUUUUGCUUGUAUGGAAACCUGAGUUUUGUUUACCACUCAUGAAAUGCCUUUUUUUUUUUUUUUUUUUUGCUGUAAAACCCCCAGUGUUUUGCUUUCCUGUGAUCUAGAUAUCCUCUUUUUUUAAACUGAUUUGUGACACUGGAAAUGUUUUGUAAAUUAAUGUAUAUUUAUUUUUUAUGGCUUGAUGACACUGGAAAGUAAAAACUUUUGUGACUGUAAAAUAAAAGAUGACAUGAUGAAUUUUUAAA